GCUUCCUGCUCGGGGGAUCUGCAGCCAUUCACACGAAGAGCUCCGGUCCGGUGACAGCAGCCGAACGGACACACACUGUACACAGCCCGGGUCUGCAGGCUCGGUCCAUACAGGCUGCUGCCGGGCGGACAUGGCCGCUGUCUGAGGGCAUCUAAUCUAUAGCCCGGGGAGAAGGCACCUGGGGCUGAGCCAGGGUCUGUAAUAGGCCGUGCUGGAAAACAACGGGAGGGACAGGGAGAGGCUGCAGCCUAGACCAGCUGGUAAGCAAUGUUCAUGGAGCAGCAGGGGCCAGGGGAACAAGCCUGGGGGCUCCCGGGGCCCCCACAUUGACACACUGUAGGUAUUGGUGUCAGGGUGACUGUGAGGUGGCUGUCUGGCUGUGACAUGUGUCAGUGCUCGUGGUGGAAUGUGGCUUAGACAACUUGCUGAGCUGAGUGGAACUUCGGAAUGAGUGGGUUUGAUGUAAAAACAUAUUUUUAGUUGAAAUUGAGAAUCAGAUGUAACAUUGAGCAGAAAACAGUGGUUAUGUUUAAAAAAUAAAUAAAAAAAAUACAGAAGAACUGGUAACUGGGCAUGACGUUUACCUGCAUGUUGAAAAACAUGUUUGUGUCUAAACAUAUUUAUAAUCCGUGAAUGGAAUAUAUACAUUGUAAGAAUGUGCUCGAGUAGGCUAAAACAUACAUUUUACCGAUCCUCUCGAACUGCAACUCCAGUGAAGCUUUGCCAGCCAUGUCAUGGACAAUUUCAUAUUAUCUCCCUCAGUGUGAGGUAAAAAAACUAAAACAGCCACAUUUGGGCCCAUUUAUAUUUAUAUGUGUACAUUGCCCACUCAAAAACCAUAAUACAAACAAUACAGGUAUAUUUUAAAAAUAAAAUAAACAAGAUAAAAUGAUAGUGUUUAUAUUGAUUUAAGUACUUAUAAGAUGUUCCUAUUGGUCUAUUCUAGUUUAAUGCACUUUCUACACUACUAGCCUACUCCAGUUUACAGUAACUAUGGUAAUUUAGUGUGGCAAAUGGCACUGUUUUUCCUACAUUGAGUCACUUUCACUUUUCAACUUCUGCAUUGCUCUAAAUAGACAAAUUUGGAAACAUUCACAUACUGUUUCUAGUAUCACUAUUUUGACAUAAAAUUUGAGAUUUCUUCUUUACCGAAUUACCCAGUCACUAUUUUGUGUGUAAACCCAAUUAUUUUUAUUUUGCAUUGGACAUUUGAUUUCUGCCUUGGCAUCAACUUUUUAAAUGCUAGUUUAAGCAAUUUAUAUACACUUAAAAAAAACAAAAAAAAAACAUAUUGAGAGUUUUUAUUUAAAAUUAUGAUUUUAUGAUAAAAUUAUAGUUUUUAUCAUAAAAUUAUGAUGCAAAUAUCAGGCACUUAAAGGGACACCAAAUAGUCACCAGAACCAAUGCAGCUUAAGAAAGUUUCAGAGAAAAUGCAGUGUUUACAUUGCUGCUUAGUUACCCCUUUCGUGAUAGUUCUUCCUAGUGGUAUUCUGCUUCUACACACUUGGCAUGGAGGCACUGAAAGUUCCCCAUAAAGAUGCAUUCACAACAACCUCUCAAUUCUCUCCUGUAGGAAAACAUUGGAUUGAGGUGAUCAUCAAGAUUUAUGAUCUCAGCCAUAGAGACAGGGCCAGCAUUGGAGUAAAAGUGAGUUAAAUCACCUUUUCAUCUCAAUUGGAAUGGGUCGGGGACCUAAAGUGUCAUACCAGGACUAUAGUGUUAGAAAUACGUGUCCUUUCUGUUUGAUUUUCUCAUAGAGAAAACAUUGGAUUCAUUAUUUCUUUAUGAGAAGCAUUGAAUUCACAGAGCACAGCAAUUGGAAUGCAUGCACAGUAUAUCUGCAGAAUUGCAGGGGCCCGGAAUCCAAAAUAGUAAAGAAACACAUCUCACUUUAAAAAUAAUCGAUUUGUUUCGAAGUGUUUCAUUUAACAUGUGGAAUAAUGUGUUUUAUUUAAAUUUUUUUAACCCCUUAACGACCGAGGACGGUUCAGGACCGUCAUCGGCAUUUUUGCGUUGCUGACCGAUGACGGUCCUGAACCGUCCUAACGGUCUGAGUUACUUACCUGAUCGCCGUCGUUCCCCCGGCGGCGAUCAGCAUGGCUCCCGGUGUGGGGAGACUGCCUGCAGCCCAGACAGUCUCCCCACACUGGAUUAGGACCCCUGUGGCCAUGUGAUCGCUCAACAGAGCGAUCACAUGGUCACAAUAGGUGUCCAUGUGUCUGCCUGCAGGGGGACUGCCUGUGCUGACAGGCAGUCUCUCUGCUAGUGUAAAAUCAGUAAAAAAAAAAAAUAAAGUUAAUGUUAAUAAAAAAAUAAAAGAAUUAUAUAUGUGUAUAUAUGAUAUAUAGACAUAUAUUAUAUCUAUAUAAUAUAUGUCUAUAUAUCAUAUAUAUAUAUAUUGCCAUACUAAGUGUAUUUUUAUAUUCAUAUGUACUUAUAUUAAUAUAAAAAUACACUUAUAAUUAAAUUACACACGUGUGUGUGUGUAUAUAUAUAUAUAUAUAUAUAUAUAAUAAAAUAUAAAUAAUAAGUAAUUUAAAUUAAAUAAUUUUUUUUAAAUAAUAAAAAUUUAAAAAAAAUUAUAUCUAUAUGAAAUUUUAUUCUAACUGUAUUUUAAAAUUAAUAUAUAUAUAUAUAUAUAUAUUUAUAUCAAAAUACACUUGAAUUUGUAUAUAUAUCUAGGUAUAUAUAAAUAAAAAUAAUACGAAAUAUACAUAUGUCCAUAUACAAAAUUAGAUAAAUAAUUAUAUAAAUAUACACGUAGACUUCAAAUAUAUAAAUAUGCAUAUAUAUUUAAAUUCUACGUGCGUAUUUAUGUAAUAUUUUUACAGAAUUCAGUAAUUUUAUUGAUUGCAAUUUGAGGGACCUGCCUGCCAGAGAAUUUAAUUUGCUUGCACUGUAUUUUACCCUGUAACGUUCUACGACACCCUAAAACCUGUACAUGGGGUUACUGUUUUACUCGGGAGACUUCGCUGAACACAAAUAUUAGUGAUUCAAAACAGUAAAACAUAUCACAGCGAUGAUAUUGUCAGUGAAAGUGACUUUUUUUGCAUUUUUCACACACAAACAGCACUUUUACUGAUGAUAUAAUUGUUGUGAUACGUUUUCCAGUUUUUAAACACUAAUAUUUGUGUUCAGCGAUGUCUCCCGAGUAAAACAGUACCCCCCAUGUACAGGUUUUAUAGCAUUUUUGAAAGUUACAAGGUCAAAUAUAUGGGUCAAAUAUUUUUACAUUGAAAAUGGCCAGGUUGGUUACGUUGCCUUUGAGAGCGUAUGGUAGCCCAGGAAUGAGAAUUACCCCCAUGAUGGCAUACCAUUUGCAAAAGAAGACAACCCAAGGUAUUGCAAAUGGGGUAUGUCCAGUCUUUUUUAGUAACCACUUGGUCACAAACACUGGCCAAAAUUAGCGUUCAAUUUAGUUUUUUUACUUUUUUCACACACAAACAAAUAUGAAUGCUUACUUUGGCCAGUGUUUUCGACUAAGUGGCUACUAAAAAAGACUGGACAUACCCCAUAUUGUCUACUUUAAAAAAAAUAUGUACCUGUGGGGUGUUAUUCAGAGAUUUAUAACAGAUAAUAGUGUUACAAUGUCACUAUUGAUAAAUUUAAAAAAUGUAUGUUUUGAAAACGCAAUAUCCUACUUGUACCUAUAGCCCUAUAACAUGCAAAAAAGCACGUAAACACUGGUUAUUUUUAAACUCAGGACAAAAUUUUGAAUCUAUUUAGCAGUUUUUUUCAUUCGUUUUUGUAGAUGAGUAAAAGAUUUUUCAAGUAAAAGUAAAAAAACAUGUAUUUCUUUUUCAAUUUUUCAUCAUAUUUUUUUUUUUUUUUCAAUUAAUUAAAAUACAUGAGAUUAUAUAAAUAAUGGUAUGUAAAGAAAGCCCCUUUUGCCCUGAAAAAAACAAUAUAUAAUUUGUAUGGGAACAGUAAAUGAGAGAGCGGAAAAUUACAGCCAAAGACAAACACCACAAAAGUGUCAAAAUAUGCCUGGUCGCAAAUGUACAACAUCGCAAAAACAGUCCAGUCCUUAAGGGGUUAAAGUCUGUUUUUUAAGGAAAACUCACUUCCUAUGCUGCAUACUUUUCUUGAUUUUUAAACAUCAGAGCAUGUAAGGAUUGGAAUAGGUAGACUGUUUUUAGCUUCCUUGUUUAUAUAAUUGUCUAUUGUUUGUGUGUGCACCACAUGCAGAGUAAGGAAGACUGUCUCUUGAGAUAGUGAACUGCAGACUGUGACACUUUUUUUUUUGUGUGGUUUCAAUAGAAAAAUACUACCCAUUGACUAAACAGUGAACUGCCAUAGUAUGGCAGCUGUCUCUUUAUAAUUCAGGUCCUGUUAUCCCUAUGAUCAUUGGGACUGAGGGUUGGGGAUAACCUAAAACUACUUAACUCCUAAACCUCUGCUUGACAGAUGUGUAUGGGAUAACAACAGUUCCCAAAGUCCUGAAAGACACUCUCCUGAAUGGACACUCUCCUAUAUCAUAUGUGCAUGGGAGAGGACUGCAUUCAACUGUAGGCACACCCAAUAAGCAGUGCACAAAGGGACACUUUCCCGUUAUGUAGAAGUAAAAUUGGCAAUAUGCAAUCAUACAAUAAAUAAAUGAACCACUUGCUAAAACAAAGUUGUCUACUCCCAAAAUCUUUCUCUGUGAAGGGGUCAGAGGUCCUGCAAAUGCCUACAUAUUCAGUUUUUGAGCCACAAAUUGUCAGUAUUAAAGGACCACUAUAGGCACUCAGACCAUUUCAACUCAAUGAAGAGGCCUGGGUGCCAGGUCCUCCUAGUAUUAACCCUGCAGCUGUAAACAGAGAAACUGCCAUGUUUACAUUGAGGGUUAAUCCAGCCUCUAGUGGCUGUCUCCAUGACAGCCACUAGAGGCGCUUCCACGAUCCUCAAUGCGAAAAUCGCAUUAAGGACACGCUGGACGUCCAUGGGAAAGCAAUGAGUAAUUCAGUGCUGACGUUGGCAGGGGGAGGAGAGGUCACCAGCACUGAGGGAGCCCGGCGCUGGGUAUAGGUAAAUGGCUCAAGGGGUUUUAACCCCUUCAGCACAGCGGGUAAAGGGCUCUGAAGGAGGGGGAGGGGAACCUAAUAACCCUAUGAUGCCAGGAAAACAAGUUUGUUUUCCUGGCACUAUAGUGCUCCUUUAAGUUCAUUAAAAUUCUGAUUUUAAAUAGAAUCUUAAUCUUUAUUGUGUGACUUAGCAAAAGUAAAUAAUUUCAAGGAGUGCUAAUUUGUUUUGUAGACCCUUGGAUGCAAAGGCAAGAAUAUCUUGUUUUGGAGAGUUAAAGCAAACUCUGUUGUCAAUAACCUUUGUACCGUUGAGGUUAUCAGAAAUGUGUAAUAUAUCUUUAGGGUGGCAAGUUUAAUUUUCCUUCAUUUCAAAAGCAAUUACUUAAAUAGUUCUGGUUUGCAAUUGUCAUCAUAAAUCAUCUGCAGUUUUGUUUGGAUUGUAUAAUUCAAAGUUAAUUUAAUUGUUGGGAAUUGAAAGUGAUUUCAAUGUGAAUUUUGAAUUCAAUACCAAAAAAUCAUCCAAGUCAGCUAUAUUUCUAUUGCAGGUGUUUUGGUCUACACUGGAAUUCACAUUGAAUUCCUGCCAGUUUUCUCUUUAGUAACCCUGCAUGUGCUUUCCAUUUGCUUUUGUGCCUUCUCUCAUCCUGUAUUGUACACGCUGAAUCACUACUGGAAUCUCUAUAAAACAUCCAAUACAUGUGAUCACAGGUAUUCAUUUUAGAUCAUGCUAGAUUUAAAUAUUUUGAUUGACUGCAUUGUACUGCAGAGAAUGGCAUUUGGUUGUUGAUCCAAAAUUUUUGUGUAUUAGAUAUUAUUAUUAUUAUAAUAUUUAUAUAGCGCCAACAAGUUCCGUAAGGCUUUACAAUGGGUGGAGAAACUGCAAUUUUUAUAAAUGGGUUAAUCCAGCCUCCAGUGGCUGUCUCUUGACAGCCGGUAGAGGCGCUUGCGUGCUUCUAACUGUGAAAAUCACAGUGAGAAGACGCCAGCGUCCAUAGGAAAGCAUUGUGAAUGCUUUCCUAUGGACUGGCUGAAUUCGUGCGCGGCUCCUGCCGCGCAUGCGCUUUCAGCCGAAGAGGGAGGUGAGGAGGAGGAGAGCUCCCCGCCAGGCGCCGGAGAAAGAGGUAAGUUUAACCCCUUCCUCUCCAUCCAGCCCAGCAGGAGGGGGUCCUUGAGGGUGGGGGCACCCUCAGGGCUCUAUAGUGCCAGGAAAACAAGUAUGUUUUCCUGGCACUAUAGUGGUCCUUUAAGAGGAGUUUGAGGCUGCAACUGCAGCUCUUUUGGGUUUCGGUGUUGUUCCUUCACGGAAUCCAUUUCUGUACCUCCUGUACACAACCAGAUGUCUCGUACGUCCAGUACCAGUGGUGUUGCUUCUCUUGGCUUUGGCGCUCCAGUUAUACUUUCUCUUGCGCUUUGCUGGGUAUCCACACUUGCCACAGGUGGAUUUUUGCAGAUGAUAUGCCUUAGGUCCACAGCGACGACACAGUGUGUGACUUGUUCCGGCGCUUGCUGAAUGACAAUUUCCCCUUCGUCAUCUUCCCCAGCGGCCGAUGCGAUCGAGCGUAACCAGACAAGUUUGACGCACAGAAACCGAGGGGCUGAGGGCCCUGUUCAAUGAGCUUACAUGCUAGAGGGAGUGGGGUAAAGUGACACAAAAGGUAAGGGAAGUAUUAGGGAAGUAGAUUGGUAGAAUAGUAUUCACUGUAGACUUAGUAUGAGGUUUUUUGGAGCUGUAGAAAGAUCAUUUUUGAAAGGUAUAUCCAAACAUACACAGUAAGAUAAAAAAAAAUUAAAGGAACACUAAAGGCAUUAUAACAACUAUGCCCUGAGGCCCCCCAGCUCUCCAGAUCUAAACCCUAGAUUGCCUCAUUAGCUGCGAGCUUCAGCUGGUUUCUCUCAGCCAUUGAUCUAAGCCAUGAAACUUUAGGCUUGGCUCAAACAGAGCGCUUCCAUUCCUCUCACUGUCUAAACAGUAGUGCAGUUCCAGAUAUGAUACAUUAUACUGUGCAAUUUUUUUCUAGCAUCAGGCUGUUUUAAUGCUCUAUGUAGGCAUGUCUGUCUCUACUGGUUAUCUUUCUUAACAUGCAUCUCUAUGAGGCAAGUUCAGUGUCUGCAUGCAGAGGUUGGAGGCACUAAAUGGCAGUGCGGCACACUGGGCAGCACUGCCCCAGGAAGCACCUCUAGCAGCCACCUGAGGCGUGUCCAGUGGAGAUGUCCCUAGGCUGUAAUGAAAACACUGCAUUUUCCCUGAAGGGAAUAAUUAUACUCAUCAGAGCAAAUACAAUAAGCUGUAGUUGUUCUGGAGACUAUAGUGUCCCUUUAAUUUUUUUCUUCCAGGCUUUCUCUGUGCUGACUGCCUGGUGCAAAGGACAGAGCUUCUAAAAGUGGACUGAGUUCAGAUGGAUGUUGCAGGAUACCAUAUUUUGUUUUCUAGAUUUAUUUUUAUUUUUCACAACUCACAAAUAUAUAAUAUAUAUAUAUAUAUAUAUAUAUAUAUAUAUAUAAUUUAUUUUUUUAUCGAAUAUGUAAUAAAAAAAAAUACGAGGAAGUAACUGUGCCCCUGAAUUAUUAUUAGUUAUAUUAUACAUAUAUAUAUAUAUAUAUAUAUAUAUAUAUGUAUAUGUGUGUAUAUAUAUAUAUAUAUGUAUAUGUAUGUAUAAUUCUAUAUAUUGAGAUCUAUUAAAUCGAGGCCAAUAUCAAAUGCACGGUCAAGUAGGAGAAAACAAAAUAAAAAUUUUUCCCUAGGAAAUCAGUGCUAGUUUUUUAUUCCAGACUGCCUUCACUUUACAGACUUUAUUCAAGUACAUUUUAAGUAAAUAUUGUUUUUAGACAAAUGUCUCUUUCUGAAUAGAGCAGUGUGUACUUUAAUGCAUCACUGUAUGGCAGAAUAUGUUUGUGUCUGUCCUCAUUUUGUAAACAGGAGGCGUAACCAGAUAGAGGCUUGGAAAUUUCUCUUUUGAGUCACAUGAGUUGUUGGGAUAAAGCUUUUCUUUUUAUUUCUCAGAUUACAUGUCAUGCCAGCUGUUGCCUGGGAUGUUACUGAAGCACACUCUUUUAUUGUAAACGUUCGUGUCCAUAUACCGGUAACCAGAUUCCACUAUCCUAUAAAUAAUUUGCUGGAUACAAAAAGCAAAUGUGACACUCCUUUAGGUAAUACAAUUGUAAUCCUGCGUGUAUGAUAAUUUAUAGAACUAACUGAUCUAUUUUAAAGACAAUUUGAAAGAAUUGCAUCUUGGCAAUCAAAGGAAUAGGGAAUAAAAUCAGACAUGGCUAGUCAAUUGAACAUAACAUAUGUUUAGAUUUGUGCAAACUGUACCCAGACUCAACAUACAGGGAAACUAUAGGAGAAAUAUCACCCCUUUUUAAUACGUUAUAAAGCUAAUGCUUUGAAAUAAUGCAAACAAAGUAAAAUAAAAAAACACACAUAUUCCGUAUUUACUCAAAUCUAAUGUGCACCUUUUAUUGGCAAAAUAAAGUCUCCGAAAUUGAAAAGCACAUUAGAGUUAAUGAUGAUGUAUGAAAAAUAAAAUUAAAUAUGCCUCUUUGUCCUCCAACUGGGCGCCUCCAUCCUAUUUCUCUGUCAGUUAUUGUUAUAACCUCUGUCCUUUGCACCUCUAUGCAUGUUUCUGUUCUUCAUUAGCAAUGUUUGCCCUGGCAAAGCUGUUCAACUGUUUGACUACUUACUUUGCGGGUAGGCAUCUUGCCACUUCUAGCACCAUAACCAGUACAGAAUCAUGUAGUGGUUAGGGUGAUUUUAAUCAUGUAGUGGUUAGGGUGAUUUUAAAACUGUAAAGUUACAAAUAUAAAAUAAUCUAUUAAUAUUUCUCAAGUAAAAUAAAAGUGCAAUGUGAGUCAAUAGAAGAGAAGUAUUAUUCCAAUCAAUAUUUGGUGUAACAAUUUUUUCCCUUCAAAACUGCAUCAGUUCUUCACAGUUUUACACAGUUCUACAAUUGCAUACAAUUUUGUAGGGAACUUGGGAGGUAGUUUGUUAAAAACAUCAUGGAGAACUAACCACAGUUCUGCUAAUUUAGGAAUUCUUUUUUGUCUUGUUCUGGGCUGCCAAUGACAUUGCUAAAGGUGGAGUCACACAUUUAGCAGCAAAGCGCAGACUCCAAGCACCAUAAACACUUGAAAUAGCUCAAGUGGUCACGAGGUUUGAGGCAACCUUUCAGUUUUAUUUUUUUACACCUUAGGAAUACAUAUUUGUUAGAACUAAACAUAAGAUUACAAAUUUGGAGUGACAGCCUCUUUAGAGUGCAAAUGCUGUUCCCACUAGGCACAGUUCACUAUAUUUUGAACAUUAUCUUCCUUUGGAGAAUCAAUUGAUAAAAGGUUUUUAUUGUUCUAAAUAGAAGCAGUCAUUGGUAUUGCAUGGUUAGAUAAACUUCAAAAGAAUGACUGCUACAGUUUUCAAUUACAUUUAAAAAUAAUAAUAAAAUAUUAUAUAUCCCAUGCUUUUGAAAUUCCCAUGUUUAGUCUAAUAGUGCAAUGAAAUGAAACACUGUUUAGAGACCAUGCUUAUCAAUAAUACUGCCACAAUGCUAGAGAAAUCAUCUGGAAAUUAUAGAAUCACAUUCUUAAUAUCUACACAAAAAGAUAUAACAGAAGGAAUGGAAACCGAAAGUAAGAGUUGUGCGGUUUAUGUGAUUUUGUUUGGAUAAAAUAUUAUCGCUAGUUGUUGAGAAAUAGUCAUAAGUUGUUUAACUUGAUCCACUGGUGGAACAGAUAAUCAAAAUAACACAAUUUUAUGUUAAAAGAACACUCCAUAGAAAGAAAAAAAUAUUAAAAAGCGGAAAUGCUUUAGGUGCUUGGAGGAAUUAUGUAAUAUCGAAAAUAUGUCUUGGAGCUUUUAAAUAACUUCGCUCCAUAGCAUUAUUUGUUUUUCUGUAAUGAGAAUAUAUAUAUAAAAUUAUUUUACAUGGGUGUGUUGUAGCUAUAGAAUUCUGUUGCAUACAAAAAUAACCCAACAGCUCAUUAGAGUGAGCUAUAUUAUUUUGCAUGCUGUAUCAAUUUGUCUCACACACAUUCCUAUUUGUGUCAGGAUUUAUGAUUUGAGUCAGCAUUUCAAUUUGCAAAUGUAUCAUAUAUUCACAUUGACAUGAGAACUUAUUACUAUGGUUGUUUUUCUGUCUUGUGGCCGUCUUGUGCUCUUUGACCAGGGUUAAGAAAUGUGCUAUGUCUUGUGUUCUUACUCUAGGUUACUUCUCAUUUUCAGCCUAUUAGUAAUUUAACUAAACUAUACAAAUAUGUCUAAAAUCCUUACAUAUGUAACAUGAUAACAGCUUUAAUGAUUUGUUCAGGACGUUCCUGACAACUGAUGUUUGUAGUGCUGGACACCAGUCCUAAACAAGUCUUCAGUUUUCCACAAUGGCUACAUAAAUGGGCAUAGUCACAUGUUCACACAUUUUGUAGGAAGCGGAUGGUGAGAACAGAUUCCCCUCAGAUAAUUUUGUAACGGGGAAUGAGUUGGGGGAGAUCCCCAAGUCACAAUGGUAUAGCCACAAAGAGCUCUGUGGUUUAAGCAUUGUGAAAACAGCUGAUUGUCUUUUGCACAUAACUUUUUUUUUUUUUAAAUUCUUUAUUUUUGUAGUGCAAGUUUAGAACAGCAAGCCCAUGUUGCCACAACAGCAGUCACAGGCAUAACAUCAACAUACAUUAUCUGACAUGGCAAGUGAGAGAACUGCACAGUUUUAUAAAUUGAAGCAGAAAAGGUCCGCACAUUCUAUGUUUUGUUAAAAUAACUGAAUGAUAUAUGAGCUUGAUCUAGGUAUGCUUGAAUAUAGUACUAACAUGGUAACGUUAGAAGUAAACAGGUGAUGGUCGCUAAACCGAACAUAAACUUCGCCUAAUCUGGGCGAUUAAAGAGUUAGGGUGUAGUGUCGCCCUGCUAGCCAGUGUGGCCUCCCAAGGCUAUGUGCCUCAGCUCGCUGAGGUCAAGGACACAGCGACAUGAGUGGUAGGGCUGUGAGUGAUAGGGUUAAUCUGGGUAAGUGUAGCGAGCUCUUGGAAGCAUGUAUCCCAUACCCCUAGCGUAGCUAUAGUUAAGUGGCUAGACUGCGUGUGCUAGUGUGGAUAGUAGGUAUGCAAUUGGGUUGAAUUAACCGACAUAAUGUCAAGCUGUGAUGGAGUGAACCACCCUGUCUUUAUGAGAGGUAUGUGCUAUACAUAUGGUGUAUAAAUGGAUUAGACACGGUGGGCGUGAGAUAGCGAGCUUAGGCUACUUCAUUGUGGCCCAAGGUGCGUAUCACCACUGGAGUGGUAUUCGGGGAGGUCACGGUGUUAAAUGGGCUGUGGUGGAGGACCCUGGGUGUUGUUCAAACUGAUAGUCCCCGAGAGUUCACACCUUUGUGUAGGUGAAAAAAGAAGAAAACGUCCCGGUGAGCAGUCCCAGGCUCAGAGUCCCGGUUCAAGUGGUGGCUGCCGCAUAGGGUUCCGCUGGUCUUUGCCUUGGCACAAAUUCCGGUGCGCUAGCCGAGUGUGUCCCGAGGCUGCAGCUUGUGGGGCCUCUCUGCGCUGAUGCAGCUUCUAGGGUUGACAGUGGGAGGUUUAGCUUCUCUAAUGCCUCUGCGGCCUCUUGUAGGUUCCGGGCCAGCACAGGGCCACUUGCGCUCUCUAUGCUCAGGGUCCGGCCGGGUCCCCAGCGGUAUCGGAUCUGUUGCUGCCGUAGGAGAGAGGUGACCUGCCGGAGGGACCUUCUCCAGGACAGUGUGCCACUCGAUAAAUCCGCAUAGAAAGAGAGGGACAUUUCUUCAAAGGUGUAUGUUGGCCGGCCCUUGAUGGCGUCGAGUACUGCCCUUUUGUCUCUUGCUGUUUGAAAGCGGAGGAUUAUAUCACCGGUGGCCGUUGGUGGGGCUGUAAUCGGCUUUGGGAUGCGAAAAAUCUCAUCCAGCAGGAUCGUUCUUGCCACUUUUGGAGUCAGGAGCGCAGUUAGCAGUCGCCUGGUAAGGUGAGGGAGCUCUGCUUCAGGAAUGGAGUCCGCGACCCCCCUUAGCUUCAGGUUAUUUUGGCGUCUCCUAUCUUCUUGGGUGGCCAAUUGUUGUGUAUGGAGUGUCGCUUGUUUUUUCAGGUCGCUUACCGCUGCUUGCAGUUCCGCAAUCUGGCUUGUGUGGUCUCUGGAGGUGUUUUCCACCGUUCCCAGCCGGGUGCACAGGCCUUGCAGGUCUUUCCGGAUUGUUGCCACCUCCGUUGAAAUUUUUUCAUGGUGGGAGGCCAUGAGUGCCGAGAUAGCCUCCAUGGUGACCGGCGUGUGGGUUGAGGCGGGUGGUCGAGGUUUCUCAGGCAGUGGUGGUAAGCCUGUUGGUAUGAGGCUCCCUUCUCCCUCAUCGGAUGUCUCAUCCGAGAAGUCUGUACAUCCUCCAUGCAAGGACUCCAUUGUUGCGCUCGCGGCCUCAUGGGCCUGUCUCCACAUGUCCCCGAUGUUCAUACCCUGACGGGGCUUGUCGGGCUUUGGCUUCUUCGUUUUUCUGCCCAUUGUUGUCGGGUGUGUUAAGGGCACCUUGGGGUCCGUUGGGCCGUGUUGGGCUUCAAUAUCAGCAGGUUUGUAUAAUUUUAGUCGGGAGCUCCUCGGCCAUGCGACUAUCCUUGUCCGUAGCUUCAAGAAAAGGCUUGCACAUAACUUUUAAAACAAAAGUUAAUCAAUCCCGGGAAAAAACUAAAUAAUAUUUAGUAUAUAAAUCUCAAUGAAAACAUGCAAGUAUUUAAUUAUGCAUUUUUUUCAUUGGGGGUAUAACUAGAAAUAUCUUGCAGAGUUUGUAAACCCUCCCAUUCUAAUCCCACCCUAAUAUUCUAUGGCUGUCAAAUCACAGAUUUUCCAAUGCAGCUCAAUGAGAAGUCUUUACCAGUCAGGUGCUCUGGACAAUCGCUGCUUCUUGAUCCAGCGAAACCAUAAGAUGGCACUGGAGCUUAGAACACACCGACCUAUGGGGUGCAAUGUCUGGGUGACUGCCAGGAGGAAAGCGCACAGCACUUCCACUGCUGCCAGUCACUCCAUGUAGCAUGGCUGCAUGGACCGCAGAUCAGGGUCACAUCUUCUACCUGAUCUUACAAAAAAAUGCUUGCUGGUAGACUAAACAGCUAUCUGUCAGAACAGAAAAAAGACACAGAAGAUCCUCUGGUAAGCAGGCACACCAGAAGGAGGAUUUCGGGGUAAAAGAUCACAAAGAGGUGGGAUGGGGCCAGUGCAGGGGGUGCAAAAAUCUCCUACCUCUGGCUGGGGACUUGGAUUUCACAACUCACCUCGCUCUCCCUGCAGCCUGCACGGAGCAGGUGCUAGGCAGUGAAGUCAGCCGGCCUCCUCUGAUGAUGUCAGAGGAGGGGGCAUGACUUCCACUGCUCCCAGACUCCCAAGCGGUCUUCAGUGGAACUCCUGCCUUCAGCUCCUAUCUGGCCUGUCCCACCUGACCACCAAGGGUAAGAUUCCCCUACACCCAAGGUAAGCCUCAGGAAAGUUUUUAUAUAUAUAUAUAUAUAUAUAUAUAUAUAUAUAUAUAUAUAUAUAUUCAAAACAUUUUAUUUAUUUUUAGUUUUUUGUUCCAUUUAUUUUUUUAAAGCAGCCCCUGCCUUCAUUAUACCCUGCUCCCCCACAGUACUACCCCCCUCUACAGUGCCUGCCUCCAUAAUACUGCCCCAGCCUCCUCCUCUACAACCCCUGCCUCCCCCUCUACAGCCUGGCCUCCAUUAUACUGCCCUGUCCCUACCUCUACAGCCCAUGUCUCAAUUUGACUGCCCCUACCUCCCCCUCUACAGCCCCUGCCUCCAUUAUACUGCCCUUGCCUCCAUAAUACAGCCCCUGUUCCCCCUGUAGAGUCUCUGUCCCCUGCUCUACAGAACCUGCAACCAUUAUACUGCCCCUGUCCUCCCCUCUACAGCUCCUGCCUUCAUUAUACUGCCCAUGUCCCCCCUAUGCUGCCCCUGCCCCCCUCACAGCCCGCCCCUGCCUCCAUUAUACUGCCCUUGCCUCCACCAUACUGCCCCUGUACCCCACUACAGCCCCUGUCCCCCACUACAAGCCCUGCCCCCUUUACAGCCUCUAACUCCCCUAUUACACAUCCCUUCCACUACAGCCUCUAUUCCCCCGCACGCAGCCCUACCAUCAACCUACUUCAGCCCCUAACUCACUACUACAGCUCCUAUUCCCCAAUUAGAGCCCCUAACCUUCAACUGCAGCCCUUGUCCUUCCCCACUACAUCCCCCUACUACAGCCAAAACGGGGGCAGAGGGGGGAGACACACAGAAAAGGGCUGUGGGAAAGAAGAGGGUUGUAUGAGAUAUACAAGGGAGUAUAAGACAGACUAAACAGGAGAUACAAUACACUAAAGGAGGUAAGAAAUUCAAAAGGGGGUUUACGAGACACCGGUGAAGAUGCAUUUUUGGGGGAGAGGGGAAUGGGUGGCAAAAUGCAUCUUCGCCUGUGUAGCCAAAAAUCCUUGCACCGACCCUGGAUGGGGGGAGUGAAAGAGACACACAGAGGGGCCUGGGAAGAGACACACAAAAGGAGCUGGGGAAAAAGAGAUACAAACUUGGCUAAGGAAGGGGAGAAAAACACAGGUGCACUGGGGGAGGGAAAAAGAGACUCACAAUGGGGAUGGGGUGUAAUAAGAGACACACAAAAGAGGGAAUAAGAGCCCUGUCUACUAAUAUAAACUACCAGGAUGUAACAGAACCAGUUUUGUGAUUAACAGUUAGGGAUGUAUACCAAAAUGAAAAAAAAUAGACUUUUUUUUUCCUACUAGCUAGUGUGUUUGGAGUGUGCUUUAGGUGUUUGGAAUGUACUUUUAAAUAGACUAUGCAAAAUCUGUAACUAAUUUUUUCUUUUCAAAAUUCUGAAAUAUGUAUCUACAAAGUAAAAAAUAAAAUAAAAAUAGAACUCAAAUUAAACUUGCCUCAUACAUGGUGCACACCAACAAAUAUUGCACACUCCACUGGCGCUUAGGAUGCUCAGGGCCGGAUUAACAUAGGGGCUGAUGGAGCUGCAGCUCCAGGCCCAGGCCCAGGCCCAUGGAAUAGGCCCAUUUAAAAAAAAAAAAAUUUUUUUUUUUUUUUUUUUUUUUUUACACACUACUCUUAGGUUUGCCACCUGACUGUUAUUUUAAUGGCACAGAUGGUAUUUUUGAGGCUGCCUGGCUGUGACGGUAUUGCAGUAAUACCGGCAAUACAAAUGCAGGUAUUUCCUCAGAAUAAAUGGAAAUUACUCUGCAAUACCAGCACCGGCCAGUAGGGGUCACUGUGUGUGGAGAGAGGCAGGGAUAGGAAGUUACAGAAUAUCCCUGCCUCUCUCUGCUACUCACUGAUCCGUGGAGGAGCAGCUACACAGCACAGAGAGUCCAGACAGCAUCUCUACAGCUCAAGUAAGUGAGGGAUAGGGGAAAGGCAGCAGGGACACAUGGGGACACUGAGACACUAGGGGACACAUGGGGACACUGAGACACUAGGGGACACUGAGACACUAGGGGACACAUGGGGGCACAGACACUAGGGGACACUGAGACACUAGGGGACACAUGGGGACACAGACACUAGGGGACACAUGGUGACACUGAGACACUAGGGGACACAUGAUGACACAUACACUAGGGGACACUGAGACACUAGGACACAGACACUGGGAGACCUGUGAACACUGAGACACUUGGGGACACUGGAAAACAUGGGGACACUGGAAAACAUGGGGACACUGAGACACUAGGGGACACAGAGACACUAGGACACAUGGGGACACAGACACUGGGAGAUUUGGGGACACUGAGACACUUGGGGACGCUGAGACACUUGGGGACGCUGAGACACUAGGGGACGCUGAGACACUAGGGGACGCUGAGACACUAGGGGACGCUGAGACACUAGGGGACGCUGAGACACAUGGGGAUGCUGAGACACAUGGGGAUGCUGAGACACAUGGGGACGCUGUGAGACAUAGGGACAUUGGGAGACAUUGGGACACGGAGACACAAUGUCCCCCAGCCAGUGUCCCUAGUGUCCCCAUGUGUCCCAGUGUCCCCAUGUCUAUGUCCACAACUGUCCCCAUGUCUCCCCAAGUGUCUGUCUCCCAGCCAGUGUCCCCCAGUCUCCCAGUGUCCCCUAGUCUCCCAGUGUCUGUGUCCCUAGUGUUUUAGUGUCCCCAAAUGUUUCAGUGUCUCCAUGUCUCCCAGUGUGUUCCUAGUGUCUCAGUGUGCCUGGUGUCCCCAUGUCUCCCAGUGUCCCUAUAUGUCCCAGUGUCCACAUGUCUAUGUCCACAACUGUCCCCAUGUCUCCCAGUGUCGCCAAGUGUCUGUCUCCCAGCCAGUGUCCCCUAGUCUCCCAGUGUCCCCUAGUCUCCCAGUGUCUGUGUUCCCAUGUCUGUGUCCCCAAAUGUUUCAGUGUCCCCAUGUCUCCUAGUGUCUGUGUCCCUAGUGUCUCAGUGUCCCCAUUUCUCCCAGUUUCCCUAAAUGUCUCAGUGUCCCCGGGUCUCUCAGUGUCCCCGGAAUCCUAGUGACACGGGGACACACUGAGACAUUGGGACACUGGGAGAAAUGGGAACACAGACACUAGGGGACUGCGCGACAUGGGGACACUGUUACUGUGAUACAUAGGGACACUGAAACACUGGGUGACUUGCGAGACUGAGACACUGGGAGACAGGGAGACACUGGGAGCAAUCCAUCUAUACAGCAGAAUCAAACUGUGAGUAAUUUGGUGAUUUUAAAGAAUUUUCUCUGAUGUCACUCCUUGUGAUUUACAUCACGUGAUGUCACGCGUAACUAAUUAAUUAUACAAAUGAUUACAGGACCACUCUAGGCACCCAGACCACUUCAGCUUAAUGAAGUGGUCUGGGUGCCAGGUCCAGCUAGGGUUAACCCAUUUUUUCAUAAACAUAGCAGUUUCAGAGAAACUGCUAUGUUUAUGAAUGGGUUAAGCCUUCCCCUAUUUCCUCUAGUGGCUGUCUCAUUGACAGCCACUAGAGGCGCUUGCGUGCUUCUCACUGUGAUUUUCACAGUGAGAGCACACCAGCGUCCAUAGGAAAGCAUUAUGAAUGCUUUCCUAUGUGACCGGCUGAAUGCGCGCGCAUUCAGCCGCAUGGGAGGAGAAGAGGAGGAUCGGAGGAGGAGAGCUCUCCGCCCAGCGCUGGAAAAAGGUAAGUUUUAACCACUUUCCCCUUUCCAGAGCCGGGCGGGAGAGGGACCCUGAGGGUGGGGGCACCCUCAGGGCACUAUAGUGCCAGGAAAACGAGUAUGUUUUCCUGGCACUACAGUGGUCCUUUAACCCCUUAAGGACACACGACAUGUAUGACAUGUCAUGAUUCCCUUUUAUUCCAGAAGUUUGGUCCUUAAGGGGUUAAGGCUGGUAUUUUUUUCCAAGAAAGGUGGCAACCUUAACUACUCUUCACAUACUCUUGCUUAAAGGAGCACUAGAGGGUCAGGAAAACAAUCAUGUAUUUCUGACCCUAUUAUGUUAAAACCACCACCCUGGGCCCUUCUUGCCUCCCUAAAUAUAGUAAAAUAUUACUUGUAUUCAAUUCUGCAGCUGCUGGCUCAGAAGUGGUGGUCUGAGCAAAUUACAAUACUUCCCCAUAGGAUUGGCUGAGACUGUCAACUAGGCAGAUCAUGGGCUGAGCCAGCACAAGUCCAACAUAGCCCUGGCCAAUCAGCAUCUCCUCAUAAAGAUACAUUGAAUCAAUGCAUCUCUAUGAGGAAAGUUCAGUGUCUGCAUGCAGAGGGUGGAGACACUGAAUGGAAGUGCUGCACACUAGGCAGUACUGCCCCAGGAAGCACCUCUAGCAGCCAUCUAAGGAGCAGCCAGUGGAGUUAUUUUCUCUGAAAACACAGUGUUUACUGCAAAAAGCCUGAAUGAAAUGAUUCUACUUACCAGAACAAAUACAAUAAGCUGUAGUUUUUCUGGUGACUAUAGUGUCCCUUUAAGUUUGGAAGCUUAAGAGGGAUGUAUGGGAACAAAACUUGUGUGCACUUGCUGACAUUAAAGUUAGUUUAGGUAAUGCAGACGUUGGUCUCUCUAACACUGUGACAUGUCCCCUUUCUUCUACACUCACUACAGACAUCUUUUCUCUGUCUCAGACUAUAUACCAGGAACUUCUGCCUGCUAGUAAGAAGGUAAGGAGACAAGUGGACCAGCGAGUGCUAGGGGACAGUCCUUAGAAAGAAUGGAGUGAGCGCAUCAUUAGAUGCAUUUAUGUCAAGCUCAAAGUGCUGCCUGUAUAGUAUGCCCUUAGUUGGACAGCCUGCAGGAUUGGCAGGCAGCCUGACAUGCAUUCAUGCCAGGCUGACCUUCCAAUUCUUUGGACAAACAUGCCCCUUUUUGGGCAUGUUCACCCCUUUUGGCAGGCCUUGUCACGUGAUUCGCGCCAGUGGCACACCCUUUUACCCUGCCCAUUGUCUUCCUGCUUCACUGGACACUGCUGUUAGGGGGGUAUGGAUUUACUUGAAAGAUGAAAGCAUAAAUUAGAGAGAAAUUAGCAUAGAGUAUGUGUUUACUUAUAGCUGCAUCCUAUGAGUUUCCCUCCAGCACCAUCUCCAUCAGAUACAUGAGGUAUGAUUGUUUUAGUGUUUUUGGUCGAUAAGAUUCCAUAAUUAGGCCCAUCAUAAUUGUCAGCACCAGGCCCACUGUGCUCUUAAUCCGGCCCUGAGGAUGCUAUUACAACUUCCCCAGUGAAGGUGAUCCAUUUUACAAAAAGUAUUCUCUCUAAGGCAGCGUUUCCCAAUUGGUGUUCCGCGUCCGCAAGAACAAAACUUGGGUUCCGCCGUGAAUUGCCCCAUCCAAGAUGGCCACCGCUCCCUGCUGUUCCCAAAUAGGCCUGUGAGCAAGAUUGACUGCCAGUGUUGUGACGUCAGAUGUCAACCACAUAGUUGGCAAAGUACAGGUAUUAAAUAGACUCAGUAAUGUGCAGCAUGUGCGACAAGCAGGUAAAUAAUGUCUGGAAUAAAUGGUCACUAAGAACCGUUUAGCCGUUGAUAUGUUACUUUUGGUAUAGUAUUUUAGAGUAAUUAUUUAACAUGCACCACACAGACAGCCUCUGGCAUUUCCUUUUUUAUUUUUUAUGUUAUGUGUACAUUAUUUUUUCACAGGCAGCUGGUAAUCUCCUAUUUAUAUAGGUUUAAUAAAUAUAAAGUAUUUUGAUGUUGCUAUAGAAUUAUAGAAACAUGUCUGAUUCUCUGUUUCAGUGUUAAAGUCAUUUGUUCAACUGUUAAAACAGUUUUUGUUUGUGACAGUUGAAGCACCAUAACCACUGUUUAUCAGUAUCCUUUGCAGUGAGGUAGUAAAAUCUGUAGUACAGUGUUCUUUUUGCUCCAAGACCGACUCCAAAUCCUACUUACAUUAUGUUCUUUUUAAGAGCUUUAUAAAAAAAACAGCAUCUAUUGCAGUCAGGUAGUGAGAUCUGUAUUUUUUUCAGUUGAGAAAAAAUUUUUUUUUUUUUUUUUAUUACCAACCAACAACGAUGAAUUUGGACUUCUGGUUAAAACAAGGAACUAUCGAGAAAAAUACUACUUCUAACUGUUUGACACUUAUAGAAACCGAGAAAGACGAUACAACAAGAAAUCAAGAAAACUGGUCCGAAAUAGUUGAAUCUACUGUUUCUCAAACAGAGACAAGUGUCAAGUCAAAGAAAAAAAGGAAAGCACACAAUGCUACCCAAUCUGCUUCUCAAACAAAGAAAAGAAAGUAUGAUGACCGUUAUUUAUCAUUUGGAUUCACAAGUGCCAGAAAUAAAAAUAUUCCUCAAGCACAAUGCAUACUUUGCAAGAAAAUAUUGCCAAACCGUUUAGCACCUGCUAAAUUACUCCGUCAUUUUGAGCAAAACCACGCAGAGUACAAAGAUAAAAACAUUGGCUUUUUUUAAGCGAAAGCUUUAGGAGUAUCAUAAGAUGAAACAGUUUAUGAGCAAAAUAUUUAAAAAUGAUAAUGAAAAAGCCACUCAUUAAAAGCUUUGUGCUACAGUGCAAAUUGUUUUGGGGGGGUUCAACGAUGUUCUUCUACUAUGUCAAAGGGUUCCACAGGAAAAAUUAAUUGGGAACCACUGCUCUAAGAGAUCCAGGACAAUAAAAGAGUUAUAUUCCCCUCCCCAUUAUAUGGUAUGGGUUGGUAUACAUGUAGUCAUACAUAACCAGGAGUGAAAAUUUUGGUUAUGAGUCCUACUGAGAUGGCACAGUUUACUUUAAUUUAAAAAAAAUUAAAAAUAAUAAACCUAAUACUGCAGUCAGAAGGUUCCAAGUAGAUAAUGUAAUAUGCUAAAGAAUAGUAUAAACUAUAAAAUUAACUUGUUAAUAUAUGCCAACAUAAACAAAUAUUUAUGGAGCCAUGAGAAUAAAAAAUAAAUAAAAAGCAAAAACAAACAAACAAAAAAAUUAAAAUAUUAUUUAUAUAUAUAUAUAUAUAUAUAUAUAUAUAUAUAUAUAUAUAUAUAUAUAUAAUAUGUAAGGCCUGUAGUUGUGGGAGGGGCUUGUCUGGUCUAUAAAUUCACAGGCAUCCUCUUCCUCUCAUAGAAAUGCAGGAGACAUUUUGGGCCGGUCGUAUCGGGAUAAACAUAUAUAUGUCUAUGGUACCCGGCAGAUCAGAGUCGUCUGUUUGCUUGUGGUUUUGCUACCGCUCUACAAAGCACCUUGGGAACCAGGUAGGUGCAGGGAUUGAAAAUUGAAAAUCCAUUAAAGCGGCACUGUCAUGCCGAAUCCCGUUUUUGGUUUUUUUAACCCCCCUCCCCACUCCACUACAUCCAAUUGACCCACUAGUCACCCUCAAAUGCCCCUAAGCCCCCCACAUUACCUAUUUUUUAAUCCUUAUUUUCUGCCCCGAUCUUUAUUCAGGGAGCCGCCAUCUUUGUGUGGGUAGGUGAAGUCCCUGUGGGACACGUCAUCAGCCCACACUAGGCAGACACUGAGAUUCCCGCACAUGCCCAGUGAAACACCUGGACAUGCGAACGGGAAUUUCAUCUAUUCACUCAUUCAUCAGACAGACGAAUGAGUGAAUAGACAUAUCAGCCAAACAAACAAACACAAUGUAUCAGUGUAUGUUUGUUCGUGCAACUUAUUACAGGGAGGGAGCUACCGGCGUGCAGCUCCCUCCUUGUAAUAUGUAAAGAUAGAAGCAGCAGGGAGCAGUGCUCCCCACCACUUCAUAAGCCCCCCCAGUACCCCCUCUCACUCUAUGGGGGUCAAUAUGACCCCCAUAAUAGCACAAGAGAGAUUAAAAUCUCCCAAAUGCCCCUACUCGCUAUACAGCGAGUAGGGGCAUGUCUACUAAACAGUGAGCAGCCUGUGGCUGCUCACUGUUGAAAAAAAAUGACAAAUUACAAUAAGGGGGGCGGACUUAUUGUCCUCCCCCCCUCCCCCACCCUGAGCGGUGGGUGGGGGCCCCAGUAAAACAAUAAGGGGGGGGGUACCUACUGUCCUCCCCCCCUGGCCCCCACCCCUGCGCGGUGGGUGGGGGCCCUAAUAAAACAAUAAGGGGGGGGGGACCUACUGUCCUUCCCCCCAGCCCCCACCCCUGAGCGGUGGGUGGGGGCCCUAAUAAAACAAUAAGGGGGGGGGCCUACUGUCCUCCCCCCCGCCCCCACCCCUGAGCGGUGGGUGGGGCCCUAAUAAAACAAUAAGGGGGGGAACCUACUGUCCUCCCCUUGCCCCCACCCCUGAGCGGUGGGUGGGGGCCCUAAAUAAAGAUAUGGGGGGGGGAACGUCUGGCCCCCACCCCUGCGCGGUGGGUGGGGGCCCUUAUAAAACAAUAAGGGGGGGGGACCUACUGUCCUCCCCCUACCCUGGCGUGGUGGGGGGCUAGUAAAACAAUAAGGGGGACCUACUGUCCUCCCCCACAGCCCCCCCCCUGGCGGUGGGUGGGGCCCUAAUAAACUGUAAGGGGGGACCUACUGUCCUCCCCCUAACCCCACCCCUGGCGGUGGGUGGGGGCCUAAAUGGCUGCAAUCAAGGUGACUAGGGGUCCCAAGCCCCUAGUCACCCCCCCCACCCAAAAAAACUUAUCCCCUACCUACCCCCCUCACCCUAAAAAUAGUGAGGGGGGAAUAAAAUAACUAAACUGUAAAAAAAAAAAUAAACUUACCAUUUGACGUCUUAUUUUUUCUAAAAUCUUCUUUCUUCAGCCCCCAAAAAGGUCAAAUAAAAAUCCAUUAUACCCGUCGCACUUAAAAAAAAAAAAAAAACGAGCGCAAAAAAAAAUUAAUCCAUGUUCGCCCUUCAAGGGCACGCCGCAGACUGAGCUCCGCAGGGCGGGUCAAGGCUUAUAAAGCCUUGCCCCGCCCUGCAAUUAGGCUUAGAACACUCUGAUUGGUGGGUUUAAGCCAAUCAGAGUGUUAUGAGUAAUUUUACACAGCGUGGGAAAUUUUAAAACAAUUCCCCUUAUUGUUUUAUUAGGGCCCCCACCCACUGCGCAGGGGUGGGGGCCAGGGGGGGAGGACACUAGGUCCCCCCCCUAUUGUUUUAUUAGGGCCCCCCCGCGCAGGGGUGGGGGCCAGGGGCCGGUCCCCCCCCCCAUCUUUAUUUCGGGCCCCCACGGGGGGGGGUAUAUUGUUUUGUUGUUUGUUUUUUUACAGUGAGCAGCUAUAUGCUGCUCACUGCUUACUACACAUGCCCCUACUCGCGGUAUAGCGAGUAGGGGCAUUUAAUUUACUAAUACUAAGUAAUCUUUACUUAGUAUUAGUAAAUGUGGCUGAAAGACCAAUUUAGGUCUUUCAGCCUUUUAGUAGAUAGCUCCCUGAUACCGUGGGAAUUAGGGAGUUAUCUACUAAGCGGCUGCAAGAUGCAGCCACAGCAAUGAAUAGGAUCAGAGUUUCAUUCAUUAGAAUGAAAUUCCGAUCCGAAUAAAGUGCCGAAUUGCGUUCUAAAAGAAACGAACAGACUGUUCUCAUUCAGUUAGAACGCAAUUCGGCAGUUUUGUGUAAAAUGACAGGAAGCAUUGUGGGAACACAGAGGGAAGGUAAGGAUCAUGGGAAAAUUGCUCUGACCAGCGGAAAUGAAGCACACUUUGCUCCUCCGCUGGUCAGAGCUGGUCAAGCGGAGGAAUCCUCCAUAAGGCAAAGAGUCCCUACUUUGUCUUAUGAUUUUAAAGAAAACUAAAGAAGACAGGAAGAAAAGAAUAACAGAUCCUGAGAGAGGGGGAGAAGAGGAAGAGAUUGAGGAAAGGUAAGUUCGGCAUGACAGUGCCGCUUUAAAAAGUAAGUGCUUACGUGCAAAUACUCUUAGAACAGUAAUAGGAAGGGAGUACAGAUAAGACAUAGGGAUGAGCGUCAUGUACACAUAACAAAUAAGUUUCAAGGUAAGAGAGAACAAAAUGAUUAGAGCAGAGACAUCUUAGGUGGGGGCUCUCUGCUCCCGGAACUUAGACAUAUAUGGUCUUAAGUGUUGUUUAAGCAUCAACAAUUUCCUGAGUCCAAUUUAGCCAAUUUUAAUAUAGGAUAUCAUUAUAUGACACCUAUAAGCUUGAGCAUUGGAAUCAAGAUAAAUUCUAUCACAAAUUCUAUCACAUGUGAACCUGCAUUCUUUUAGUAGUAUUUAUUUUAUCUGUUCAUUAUUUUUUCAUUAUUUGUGCCUUUCAAUGGUAUUAGAUACUCUCAUGGAGUAGGAUCACAGACUCAUUGGAUAGUGGAUAAGAGUAGAAAGAUAGGGAAGAGUUUAAAAAAAAAAGACAAAGAUAAUUGCCAUAGAAUCCUUCUAAUGAGCUGUCACACGCACUGUAAAUAAAGUAUUUACAGGCAUAACUAAAGCAAUUCAAUUUGCCUGAGAAACUCUGUUUAUCCUUAUGCAUGUUUGAUUUCAUUUACUCUGAAAAGUUUUUUAGAUUUAUUUUAUUCUAAUGCAGAGAUGUGUUUUUAUUUCAAUUUUGCUUUGAAUUUUUUUUCUUACUCUUGCCCCUGUACCUUGAUACUAAAUUUCACCUCUGUCCUUGUGUUACCUCAUUGUUUUAUUUCUUUGCAGAGAUGCUGCACCCAUAUGGACUCAUUCCCAAGUGAUGUGAAAGGCGAGAGGAAGCCGUUUUAAAAUUAAGACAUGAUGAACCAUCAAUCAGAUGACGUGCCUUGUAUGCAGAGCAGUCUCCUGGGCUCCCAUAGCUCUGUGCAUGAAGUCCAGUCAAUCAAUAGUGCGGAACUGGUUGCCAGACUAGAAUCUUACGAAGGCUCUGGAAAAAAAGGAAUUUCUGAUGUCAGAAGAACAUUCUGUCUGUUUGCAACUUUUGACCUACUGUUUGUUACAUUACUCUGGAUUAUUGAGCUCAAUGUGAGUAAAUCAGAAUUUUAAAGGUAUAUUUAAAGGAAUACUGUAGUGCCAGGAAUGCACAACUGUAUUCCUGGCACUACCACUCCCCCCUCCCUCGUCCCCCUCCAUGGUAAAUAAAGGCUUAAAAGCCCUUUAAUUACUUAUCCAAUCCCAGUACUGAUGUUGUUCGGAGCUGGGGCGACGCUCGACCCCUGUCCCGCGAUGAGCAGGGUGUAAUGCGCACGUGCGGGCAAAUGUCGCGCGUGUUAGACCUCCCUAUUGGAAAGCAUUGAAUCAGUGCUUUCCCAUGUGGAAAAUCUGAUGCUGGAGGUCCGAUAACGGACUAAAGCUCUGUUUUAAUUCAUGAAGUGCCCUAGUGGCUGUCUGGUAGACAGCCACUCAAGGCAGACUUAGAGCUGCAAUGUAAACAUUACAGUUUCUAUGGAGCACUAAGUGCAAAAGGGACAGUGCACCCAGACCACUUCAAUUAGCUGGAGUGGUCUGGGUGCCUACAGUGUCCCUUCAAAUCCAUCUGUGGAAGCCUUUAUCAGAUCGGGUUUUCUAAAAAUUGGAUUGGACCCUCACAAAGGAGGCAACACCUUCUCUGUAAUGUCAGUGAGGGAGGAGAGGUUAGCAGUGUGAAGGGAUGCCUUGGCACUGGAAUAAUGUAAGUAAAACCAAGUUGUUUUUUUUUGUUUUGUUUUUUUUGCUCCUGGGGUGGACCUAUUUAGAGCUAGUGGAAGAGACAUUUAGUGUUAGCAAUACAGGUUUGUAUUCAUAACGCUAUAGUGUUCCUUUAAAGGUAAAAUUUAGUGAUCUCUUCUUUAUGGAAAGCAAAACUACUUCUGUGAUGCAGGUUUGCCCAGGGGCGGAUCCAGAACCAAAUCUCGGGAGGGGCACUGGUGGUGGGCUGUAGUAUAGGGGUUUGGGGCUGUAGCGGGUUAGGGGGCUGUAGUAGAGCAUCGAGGUAUGUGUUGGGGGUAGGGGAUUAUAGUGGAGGGAUGGGGCUCUAAUUAGAUGAAAUGGCAUUCACAGACACCUACACUGGCAUACAAACACACACAAAGAUACAAACAUGAACCUACACAGGCAUACACACAUACCUACCCAUACGCACAGCAGCACACACAGAUACACAUUUACAAUAAACACAUACAUAUACAUACAGAUAAACACACACACACUGGCACACGCACAAAGAUGCACACACAUACCUACAGAUACAUACACUAUUUACACACUGGCACACAGAUACAGCACAGCUUCCCUGUGGCCGCCACCCCUGCUCCUUCUGCGGCCGCCACCCCUGCUCCUUCUGCGGCCGCCACCCCUGCUCCUUCUGCGGCCGCCACCCCUGCUCCUUCUGCGGCCGCCAUCCAGGCUCUUUCAAAGGCCGCCAUCCCUGCUCCUUCUGCGGCCGCCAGAACAGCUCCUCCAUCGGCCGCCAUCCCUGCUCCUUAUGCAGUCGCCAGCACACCCAGCUCUCUGCCUUGCACAACCCCCUGCCGGUCGCCCACAGGUAAUAUGUGUAAUGCUGUCAGUGUAUGUGUGUGUGGCUGUGCUGGCGGCCGCUGGAGGAGCUGUUCUGGCGGCCGCAGGGAAGCUGUGCUGUCUCUGCUCCCUCUGCCCUCACGCGCUACUGAAUGAGACUGGGGCCGGAAUAGGACGUUGCUUCCCUGCUCCUUCUGCGGCCGCCAUCCAGGCUCCUCCAAAGGCCACCAUCCCUGCUCCUUCUGUUGCCGCAAGAACAGCUCCUCCAGUGGCUGCCAUCCCUGCUCCUUCUGCAGCCGCCAGCACACCCAGCUCUCUGCCCUGCACGACCUCCUGGCCGGUCGCCCACAGGUAAUAUGUGUAAUGCUGUCAGUGUGUCUCUGUCAUGGUAUGUGUCUGUCUUGUGUCAUGGUGUGUGUCUCUGUCAUGGUUUGUGUGUGUGUCUGUCAUGGUGUGGGAGUGUGUGUCUGUGUCAUGGUGUGGGAGUGUGUGUCUGUCUUGUCAUGGUGUGUGUCUGUGUCCUGGUCUGUCUGUCUUGUCAUGGUGUGUGUCUGUGUCAUGGUUUGUCUGUGUCCUGGUGUGGGUGUGUCUGUGUCAUGGUUUGUCUGUGUCACGUUGUGUGUCUGUCUGUGUCACGUUGUGUGUCUGUCUGUGUCACAUUGUGUGUCUGUCUGUAUCACGUUGUGUAUCUGUGUCACGUGUGUCUGUUGUGUGUGUGUGUGUGUCUUGUGUGUGUCAUGUUGUCUGUAUGUGUGUGUCUGUGUCAUGGUCUGUCUGUGUCAUGGUCUGUAUGUGUCUGUCGGGGUAUGUGUCUGUCGUGGUGUGUGUGUGUCUGUCGUGGUGUAUGUGUGUGUGUGUUUUAAAAAUAGUGUUUUUACUCCCCCUUUUUUUUUUUCACACGUCAUGCUGGUCUCCCCUCAACUGGCCCUGCAUUGAAUCAAUGUAUCUCUAUGGGGAACCUUCAGCGGCUCCAAAGCAUGGAGGCCCUGAAAGUAGGUGCUGCACACUGUGCAGCACUGACACAGGAAGCACCUCUAGUGACUGUCUGAGUGACUGUCACUAGAGGUGACACUAGGAAGCAAUGUAAACACUGCCUUUUCACUGAAAAGUCAGUGUUCACAUUGAAAAGCUUGCAGCGACAGGCUAUACACACCAGAACCACCAUUCAGCUGUGUGUGUGUGUCUCUGCUAGUGAUUGAGCUUGUGUUUUUAUGUCAAUGAACUUAUGUAUAUCAGUGAGAUUGUUUGUCUAUGAGACUGUGUAUCAAUGAGCUUGUGUGUGUCAGUGAGAUUGUCUGUGUCUGCAUGUGAGAAUGCUUACUGUAUAAUUACACGUUUUACUAUGAAAGGACCAAUAUUAUUUAUAUAUAUAUAUAUAUAUAUAUAUAUAUAUAUAUAUAUAUAUCCACACACUGAUGCACACACUGGCACAUACAAAGAUACACACAUACAUACCUACACAUGCACACACUUGCACACACAUACUGGCACACAGAUACACACACACACUGAUACACACCUAAACAUACACACUGACACACACAUUGCAGUUGACAUAUUAUUAACCACCCCCUGCUUCCCAUACAUUUUGGUUCCAGGGAGGUGAAUUCCUGGAGCUGGCUGAGGCUGAUGUGAUGGGAGUCUGCCUGCAGAGCUCUUUCUCCUCCCUCUUCCUCUCUGAAUUUCUUCAGUUUUCCCAGCCUGUGUGGUCAGUAAGCUGGGAGGAAGCAACAGUCACUUCCUCCCAGCACUCUGCUCAUAUUAAAGGGGCUCGGUCUCUACAAAAUUUAAAUGGGACAGUGUCUGGUGGUAGGUAGUUCUGCCUACAGGAGCCGCUCUAUUUUUCUCGGGGGAGGGGAAGGGGCAAUUGCCCCGUUGCGCCCCUCCCCCCAGAUCCGCCACUGGGUUUGCCCUGCAUAGACACUGCACAGGGCAAAAAUAUGUGACACUGGUUAUUGCAUGAUCCAUAGAAUGUCAUAAUUAUUUUGGAAAAAUACCAUGCCAGCAAUACCAUAUAUGUUACAUAGUGGUAAGUACUUCUUGGAAUUUAGAGUUAAAAUUCUAGGGCCUGUUAAAAUCUAUUCUUUAAUUAAUGAAUGUCAUGGUAAUUGAGUCAUUUUUUUCUGCUUGUUAUUAGGAUAUAGUGAGCAAUCUAGAAAAUCAUGAAAUAGAGUUUUUAAAGAUAAUGGAACAAAUGGAAAUGUUUUAACCCAGAAUGAAUACAUCUGUUUUGGGAGAUGGGCAGUGUUAUUAAAGGAACACUCUAGGCACUAUAACCGCCACAGCUCGCUGUAGUAGUUAUGGUGCCAGUAGUGCUCUGACUUCCCCAUCAAGAGGAGUCAAAGUAAGGACCUUGCACUCUUGUUUCAAAAAUGAUAUAAUCACAGAAUAAGCGACUGCUGUAACAUGAAUUGCUUUUUAUCUUAUUAGACGCAUGGCAUUUUGGAUGCCUUACAGAGGGAAGUCCUACAGUAUGACUACUAUACUUCAUUUUUUGACAUCUUUGUAAGUAUUUUUCCUAGGGUUUUAGAUCUUAUUAAGGUUCCAUGCAUGUUUGAUUUUACAAUAUUGUGAAACAUUUAGGGUUGCACACCUCCCAACAAUCAAGAGGGGAGAAACGGGACACAGUGGGCUGAGCCUUUAGGGGCUGUCAACAGUGAUGCGACCCACAUCAUUAGGGACGCUCAUAAUGGAAGGGGAAACCAUCACCUGACAGCCUGCCUGGCCCAUAGCCUUUAGGACUAAUGAUGAACUAUGCUGCCUGGGUAUAAUUCCACUAUCAGUGGCGCAGUCUUGCUUUAGUUCGCUAGUGCCCUGCAUCUGUUGACACCAGGGAACUAAAAUGGGACUGUGCCACCAAAAAUGGGACUGUUGGGAGUCCUAAUUUGGCAGGUCCCGGUGAUUCCUGUCCACUUUAAAAGUGAAAUCACCUCUAUUCUUUUGUAACCUAGUGGGAGGCUCCAUCUAUAAUACCCACCCCGUUGCCUGACGUCUGCUGUUCUUUUUGAGGCUAGACUUACUGAAACCUAUCCAAUUGUAAUUCUGCAUUUUUAUUUACUAGGGUAUAGACAAAAUUUAAUACAGAGCCUCUUUUAUGGUAAGCUAAUCCAUUUAUAGGUGUCAUCUGAUAUAUUCCCAGGCUUUAGCUAUGAAUGAGACAGUUGUAUCACUAUGUAGGUUGAAAAAAAGCAGGUAAAUAUGACUUUUUUCCAUAUGUACUUGCCUCUUCUAACUUAUACGUUCCACACCCACUCCAGGGAAGACCCUGAUCUGACCGAUUAGUGUCCUAUCCCUAGGAAUGCUGGACAAGUGCAUUUGGCAUCACUGACAGAUUUACACAUAUGCAACUGGAAUAUCUAUUUACCUUGCAAUAGGGGGUCGAGAGAGGGAGUCUGAUCAGUGUGACCAUGCAGUGAAGGCUCUGUUAUUGGGUUUCAGUUUCCUGCUGCCACACAACAAAUAUUCUGUUUCUGUGGACUGGUCUAAAACUGAGAUGGGUGGCAACGAGGGAGGUGAGGGGACUGAAAAAUUCAUCUAGCUGAGUAUUUAGUGCAUCAAUGCAAGUUUAUACUACGUUUGUAAGCGUUUUAUUAAAUAGUUUUCAAAGUUUUGCUUGAUUUAUAUAGGUUUGCAUCUUUGUCUAAAAGUGUUUGUUUUAAAAAAAAUGUUUAAUGCAAGUCCCUUUUAAAGGGUAGCGAGGUUUUAAGCUCCUUUUGCCUCUUCUUGUGUUUUCAUUGACAAAACUGUACAGAUUUUUAUUUGUUUGUGUAUUUCUAAUUAUGAAUAAUUCUGAGUAAACCCACAGCCACGAGGAGGUUGAAAUUAACAUUACUACUUUGAAGCAUCCAGUUGUAUUGACUAGAUAUAUAUGUAAAUAUAUAGUUAAAUUGCAUACCAUCUUUUGUGAUUUGAGAGGUCAGCGAUGUCACUCUGAAUGUUUAUAAACUGCAAGGGAGAUGGCAAAACAGGUGCUAUUUUGGGUGAUAGACAUUUUAUUGGUUCCCAUGGUGAUUACUCAUUAUUUGAAUAUUUUCCACACAACAGCACCUGUCUUUGUCUUAAUUCAUUUUCCUCUACAGGGACUGAGAAAUUGUGGGGGAAACGAAUUCACAAAUAUCUGGCAUGCAAGGGUUAGCAAUCCUUUUCAUAGGUGUACUACAUUUUCCUGAAAGAUAAGUCCUGCGCUCACACCCAUCACUGAGCAGCAGCAAAGACUACAGUACACAUCAGCCCCAAUAUAUAGUAAAAACCAAAGAAAAACAAGUCACUUGCGCUUUCUCCUUAAUCCCUAUGUAUUUUUAAACAAAUGGAGGUUUUUUAGUUACCUCCAAUGACCAUGAGAGGAUAAGCCCACCUGCCAAGUCAAGGCAGACCCCCCCAGGUGGGUCCUAACUCUAACCAUUCACCAUGCUUCCUUGAGCUUCUGGCAAAGAUCUCUGAUUAGACAGAAAGGGGUAUUUUCUAUAUACACCCCUAUAUAUUAUUAACCCUUAAUAGGGAACACAUGAGAUUGGCGGCUGCAUUGUAACAAGGCUGAGUGAUACAAAAAUAUAUACUAUAUGGUUUUUACUAUAUAUUGGGGCUGAUGUGUACUGUAGUCUUGCUGCCGCCCAGUGAUGGGAAUGAGCGCAUGACUUAUCUUUCUGCAUUUGAAUCCAUUUUUUGAAUCACUCAGCCUUGUUACAAUGCAGCCGCCAAUCUCAUGUGUUCCCUAUUAAGGGUUAAUAAUAUAUAGGGGUGUAUAUAGAAAAUACCCCUUUCUGUCUCAUUAGAGAUCUUUGCCAGAAGCUCAAGGAAGCAUGGUGAAUGGUUAGAGUUAGGACCCACCUGGGGGGGUGGGGGGGGAGUCUGCCUUGAUGUUGGUAGGUGGGCUUAUCCUCUCAUGGCCAUUGGAGGUAACAAAAAAAUAUCAAUUUGUUUAAAAAUAGAUAGAGAUUAAGGAGAGAGCGCAGGUAACUUGUUUUUCUUUGGUUUGUACUACAUUUUCCUGUUGCCAGAAACAACAGUCUGUCAUUUUACAGCUGCACAGAGAUCUAAUUUAACUCUGUUUAUUUUCCACAGUUGCUAUCAGUCUUUCGAUUUAGCAUGCUGAUUAUUGCAUAUGCAAUGUGCAAACUGCGCCAUUGGUGGGCUGUAGCGGUAAGUUCCAAUUGGUUCACACUAUAAAAAAACAACUCACAAUGUAUUUCUUUAGCAAUAUCUGCAUAGUCAUGUGUGAACUGUUUUUCUUUAGUUUUCUCUGAUUUCUUUGUUCUUAAUUUAAAAAGUUUGGUAUAGGCAAAUUCACUAUAUGUAUAAAUUUACUAUAUGGGGUAAAAUAAAUGACUUUGGUUUCUUUAGUUAACAAAAAAUGCUCUGUCUGCUUAUUCGUGUGCAUGUGAUGUGCUUAGCCUGCUAAAAAUCUCACAUUUACAUUGCAUCAGUAAUGUGUGAACAGGAGCUUCAUAUUAUGUCCUGUUUGAGGAGCAGGAAGAGAGGCAGCAAGUUGGUCAGAUGCAAGCUAUAGUAGUAAACAUGUCAAAUGGAGUUUAUCCUCCUCAAAAUGUGUUUUAAAGUUGGUCUCGUCUCCCAUGCAAUAAAAUGGUGUAGAAUGACUCCAUAAGGUGCCGUUGUGUGUCUACAUCAGUGAUAAUGUCUUUGUUUUAUACAUAUACACACAGACAGAACAACGCUCUUAUUUCUGUUGUUUUUGCCAAACACCUGCAGAGUGUGAUCACUACAGAAAGUAAAGCAGAGAGACAAGAUAAAUGUACAUUUAAUAGUGCCAGGAGCUCUAUCACAAGGCUGUAGCUGAAUUCCUUUGAAUGCCAACUAAUUUGUUAGUGUUCACAGUGCAUCCUCUGAUGACAAGACAGAGCAUUCCCAGUUAUAGGUCUUCCUGGAACCAGCAGGAUCUAUCCCUGCUUGUGGAAAGCAGCUGAUCAUUCCUUGCUCUUAUAAAUGUUUGUGACCUUUUCUCAGAAUGACCUCAUUAUGUGAAAAUAUCAAAAGCACAAAACGGUUCCUUAACUUGGAUUACAGACCGAUAGAUCAAAUUAUAUCAUUUGUACUAACAGGGGCAUUGCAAGCAAAAUAAUUUAGUAUAUCCACUUGUGAGCUUGCCUGAAAACACAUGCAAUUAUAUGUAUUGUUAAUUUAAUCAUAUUAAAACCCACUGACAUUUUUGGGGAUUUUAUGAAGACUGAAAUCUGCUUGUGAAUAAGGCCUGCCAAGUUUUUUAUGUAUGGGUUUUUUGUUUUUACUUUUUGAUUAAACUGUCAUUUUUAUAUUUUCCUUCUGAGUGAUUUAUUCCCACCUUUAUAAUCCAAACAAUUAUACGUUUAACAUGCACCUAAUUAUAAAAUGUAUACAUAUAAAUUGCAGUUAACUGGUUUUUGUUUUUUAUAGAUCACUACAUCAACUACAUGUGCCUUCUUGUUAGUAAAAGUAAUUUUAUCUAAGGUAUGUUAUUUUUUACUUAAGCAUUCGUUUCUAUUCGUACCUUCAAAUAAAGUGAUGCACAUUGUUUGUGUUUUGAUUUUAGCUCUUCUCUCAAGGUGCUUUUGGUUAUGUCCUUCCUAUCAUGUCCUUCAUUCUAGCCUGGAUAGAAGCUUGGUUUCUUGAUUUUAAAGUAUUGCCUCAAGAAGCAGAAACAGAAAACAGUGAGUUAGUUUUGUUUUUUUUUCUUUAAAUUUGAAUAUUGCUUUCAUUGUAACCUGUAUUACUUCAUGUGGUCUAUUUACUAACUCUUACAUUUUAGCUGACGGGAUAGAUGCUUGAAAUUCUGUCAAGAUAGAUUCUAUUGGACACUGACUCUUCAGUAAGUAUUGAGUGGGUGCUGUCCAUACAGCUCAUCACUUUGCUCAGUUGUCCUUUAUUGGCUUCGUUAGCUGUUCCCAAGGGUCUACGUAGAGGAGAAAGAAAAGCCUGAAACUUGGUGAAAGGACCAUUCUCACUGGCCCAGAGAACAUGCGCAUAUGCAAGGGUGGGAGAAAAUCUGGUAAAAUAUAUAUACAUAUAAAAAUAAUUUUAAUUUUUAUAUUACAUAAUAGUAAUAAAAAAAAAGAAGAAUUAAAAAAAAAAGGGGUACAUUAACUGAUGCAGGAAGGCAGACAAGGCUGUAAUAAGGGAUGGAGGUUUUCUGCCGGCAAUGGUAGAAGCUGAUAACGUCUGUUGUCAGCUUGCUGUGCAUGUUGACGACAGACAUAUUUUUUUCCAGAUAGUUGACAUUAGGCUGCCUAAAUUAUGUGUGCCCCGCCCCCUGGAACAAAAAUGUGCAGAAAUGCUUCACAUACAGAUUACUACUACCAUGACCUCUUCUAAAAGCAGCAGUGGUCAAGAUGGUUUGACUAACCCUUUAAAAGCUUGCAGGAUCCAUUUCACACUCACUAGGGUUACUUUUUCAAUCAACAGUGGCUGGAGGCAAUUGGAAAUGUUGAGUCCUACACAGGGGUUGUAGCAGAAUAUUUAUCUUAAUAAUAAUAAUAGUACACGGUUAUGAAAUUCACAAAAUUGCAGAGUGUGUUUGAAAAAUAUAGAAACAAAAUUGUUAGACUGCUAGACUCAAUAUUAAUUGUUACAAAGGCCCAAUGCCCCAUGUGAACUAGCCCAAGUUGGUAUUUUUUUUUGAAUGACGGAGACCCUUGAAACAAGGGGAUCCCAGAAGUAGCUGCUGAACUUAACAGAAUAAAUAGUAUAGUUACCAGGUGGCAAGUAGAGAAAAUAAGCUCCUGGCGACGGCGUGUAUGCACGCUGAAACGCGCGUUGAGCGCCUUAUUUGAUUUAUCUUUUUCUUUCUCACAUUAGGUAGCACUUAGGUAGUUAGUAUGUUUGAUUUAGUUAGUUAGUAUAGUUAGCCAUUUAUUAUUUGGCAUUUAGAGUUUUCUCUAGGCAGGCAUUUUUUGGUCCUGGGGGUUUCCUCUGGACUUAGGGCUUGUCCUUAGUGGGUCUGCCCCUGUCCUCCUUUGCUCUCUUUUCUCCUAUUCAUGUUUGUAUAGGCUCCUGUUUGCUUGCCUUUAUAUUAGUGGGGUGAUUUAUGUAUUACACAUAUUUUGUGUUGCCUUAUUGUAUUUUUGCAACUUAGGUGUCCUAAUUUUGGAAAUAUUUUCUAGUAUGAAUGCUAGAGUCUCCUUUCUUUUUUUGUUUUUUUUGUUAAAGGGACAUUCCUUUGCUGCUAUUAAAUACAACUAGCAGUGGUUUAUAUAGGGUAUACAUGGGUAUUUCUAUUUAUCCCCCUUCACCCUUUUAUCCAUUUACAAGUACAGCCCCCUCUUUUUCUCUACUUGCCACCUGGUAACUAUACUAUUUAUUCUGUUAAGUUCAGCAGCUACUUCGGGGAUCCCCUUGUUUCAAGGGUCUCCGUCAUUCAACUAUAUUUAUUUCUGGGUUACCCCCUAUAUUGUAGCUCUGAGGUAGGCUCUUUUUAAGACAGCUCUCACCAAUUCACAUCUUUUUGUGAUUAUGGGGAUCUGUCUUUUCAUUCCUUUUUACACUUUUGGUAUUUUUUUUGCAAUUGGAAUGUCCGUUACAUUGGACGUAACUUUCAGUUGGGUUUUCCUAUUUUGCACAACAGGUAUUAUAGACCCAGUUAGUCAAUCGGGUUAUAGUGAGAGGUGAAAAAGAAACUAGUAAAGCAGGAAAGAGACAGAAAGCAAGGGUAUGGAGAUUGAGGGUAUCAUAGAUUUAGAAAAGGGGGACAGAGAGAAACACAGUGUGAGAAAGGAAUUGGGAAAAGGAAAAAAAAAAAGAGAAUUGGAAACUGUCAGAGGUAGAAACAGGAGAGGCAGUCAGGAGGGGAUAUCUGAAACACACUCCAAGGCAGCAAACUUUAUUUAUUUCUAGGGUGAUAAUUCUUCCAUGGUUCCUGGAUGUAAAUCUGUGUUAACUAGUACUAUACAAUAUAUUAUAAUAGAAAACUCAAAUACUUCAUAAAAUAUUCAGAAUCCAUAUACUGAACUACUGAGUUAAAGGCCUGUAUAUGUGAAUACGCUAAAUACCUUUUAAUAAUACCAGUGACUAGAAGGGAAUAACAGACUCUGUGCAUAUUACACCCAUACUCUAAAUUCCUCAUAAUGACUAUAUUAUAUGAUCACAUAUAACCACAACCGUUAUUAGUAUUCUAACUUGUACUGUAUUUUCUUGUUAUGUUUACAAUGCUUGCAGUAGGUACUUGAUAUCUAAUUACAUUGAAACCUGUUCUGUAUUGUUUAUGAUUUACUCUGGCUAAUGAGCUCACUAUUCCCCUGUGUUUUUAUUUUGUACCCAGUGAAAUUCCAUGGGAUAUGUAGUUGUAUUUGUGCAGUGCUGUAUCUACUUCUACGAGAACUGUUGCGUUAUUUUAGAUCAAGGGAUCAAUAAGCAGCCCUUAAGCUUUUCACAUAUUUUAACAUGUUAACUCAUCUAAAAGGAGGAGGGAGGGCUUCACAAUAUGAAUGUGGUGGAGUUUAUAGGACACCAGUAUAUAGAAGGGAAGUCAAUCUCUACCAUACAACAUCUACCAAAGUUGACGUCACUGGUAGAGGCAAACCUACCCUGUACCAAAAGGAGACUCCAGGGGCCUAACCCUGAGUUAUUUAGAGGGGAAAAAAAAGCAAACAAACACAGAGCAUACAAAUGUUAAAAAACAGAUGUAUCGAACUGAGUACAUCUGGAGAUAAUAAAGUAGUCUAUAGCAAAUUAUGGCAUAUAUGAAGAAAGAGCUAGAUAUCCCUAUAUAGAAAUUAAAAAAUAGAAAUGACAAACCCUGGAUGAUGAUAAUGUAUCAUGUAUCUGUGAAAGCAGUACUAUUGACAACUACUAUGGGCUUUAAUAUAUCAGGCUCAAUGUUGUCGCUGCUAUAUUAAACUAAUACAUCAAACAGGGAAAAGAAAGAAUACAUAUAUUAAAUAAAAUUAAAUAGCUACCACUGCAAGCGAAGCCUCUUAGUAUAGCUCCAACGGCAGUCCCAGUCAAUGUAUAAACUUAUACGUUGACCUCAGGGUGCCAGUGUAUAGGGUAUUUGCUGACACAAAUUACAUCAAAGGUAAAUAGAGGCUAUAGGUGAAUAUAUAGUAAGAAGGGGUAUAUAGCAUAGAUAUUGUGAAGCUUAGAAUGCUCACAACAUAUCUAUGAAAAGAGUAUUAGCCAGAAAAAUAUAUAUGCUCACAACAUAUCUAUGAAAAGAGUAUUAGCCAGAAAAAAAUAUAUAUAUAUAUAUAUUUUUAUUUUUUUUCUGGUUAAUAUUCUUUUCAUAGAUAUGUUGUGAGCAUUCUAAGCUUCACAAUAUCAAUGCAAUAUACCCCUUCUUACUAUAUAUUCACCUAUAGCCUCUAUUUACCUUUGAUGUCAUUUCAAGGACGUGAUGCUACUGGUGUUCACUGUAUCCUUGCUACAUGUUUCGUGCGCUCACUUCCUCAGGUUAAAAUGACAUAGAUAGUCCAGUGACAUUUUCUCCCUGAGGAAGUAAGUGCAUGGCUCACGAAACAUGUAGGAGCGAGGAUACAAUGAACACCAGUAGCAUCACGUCCUUGGACUACCUGAGUGCCCGUACCACGAUACUCCAGUUACUUAGUACGCACGCAAAUCGGAGAGACGCUGAAGCAGAGGGACAUGCACACCUAACAGGAUCCACACCAAGUACAGCACAGUAAGCAAUAUUGUGAUACACCGAAGGAUUCCUGGGACAUUUAUUUAAUAGCUUACGUUACAGUAUCUUAAGGGAUCCCUGAGAUUGAAAAAAGCAAUAUAUACAUAACAAGCUGGAUGAAUAUUGCAGGACUCUAGCCCACUUCUAUACGCUACACAUAUGCUUAUUUUGAGCUAGGUAUCAUAUUAUUUGGAUAUUUUUUAUGCCCUAUUUUUAGGAGUAUGUGUAUAUAUAUUCAUUCUAAGUAUUUCUAUGUUUUUUUUAUCAUUCUCAAUAAAGUGUUUUAUUUAUAUACAAACUCUACUUCCCUCUACGCUCAUUUUGUUUUUUUAUGUUAUCUUGUUCUCCAGUAUGGGAUUCAUUUAAAUAUCAGUAUUGUUUCAUUUAGAAUUUAAAUAAAUAGAAAUUACUUUCUCAAGGCACGGGUUCUUAGGAAUUCUUUUUUGACCUGCAGGGUAACUUCUCCAUAAAGGUUGAGAAACACUGAUUUAUAAUUUCUUAGUCUUUAUUAAAUGUUCAUAUAUUUAAGACAUACAUAUACAGGUACAAAAGAUAUACGAAACAUAUACAGUUUUAAUACUAAAUUCAAUUUAUACAGUAGAGAUAAUCACAAACCGAUAAGAGUGCAGAGAGAGUAUACCCAAAGAGCCAAAAGAGAUAAUUGAAUCGGGUCCUGAAACACUGAUUUAAAGAACAUAACUUCAGUUUCACCAUUUCUCACUCAAAGUCAGAAGUCUUAAUCCAUCCUCGCAUGACAUCAUGUGGUCAUUAAAAACUAAUUCUGUGAACAAAUGCAAUCACUGAUAAGCACACUAACAGGGGAAAAUCUGCCCCUACUAUCAGAAUCCUACAUGCUACACAUUCUCCCAAUACCACUAGACCGAUUCCAAAGCUCCAUGAUCAUACUGAUUCUACUUGCUGCCAAAAACAUCACCACCCAAUGCUGUAAAUCCCUAGAACCUCCGUCUUUGAAAAGGGUACUGGAGAAACUUAAUUACACCAGGCAUUAUGAAGAAAUAACGCACAACAUGCUACACACCCAACACAUAUUCACAAAAACCUGGGCACGAUGGCAAUUCAUAGCUCACCUUAUGGAGUAAACACUACCUCAGGAAAUAUCCCCUCAGUAGAGCGGGGCCCAUAAUUGAUAAAGUGUCGGUUCUUAGCAGUAUCUAAUGUAGUUCUAUGUAUCUCUAUGGUUAUUUAUGCAUUUGUUCACCUUUUAAAUUUCCCCCUUUAUGAUUUAUGUUCUAAAUUCAUUAGAGUUACACCUGCUUACUGAAUUGUUACUCAUGAGACCGACAAAGACAAUUCUGUAAUGCUGUGCAGCUCUGUAUGAUGCCUACUAUACAAUGUCAUCCCAUCAAUGUUGUAGCUUUAUACGAGAUAAGAUGUUAAUGUAUUGUAACAAUAAAAUGUAUGUAUUUGUACUUUUCCCAUUUACUAAUGUAGACCAAAUGAUGCAAAAACCAAUAAAAAACAAUCACUGCAAAAAUAAACUACUAUUUCUGACCUUCAUAUUCUCACUUCAGUGUAUACUGAAGUCUACUUCCUGGUUUAUUUUCCAUAUUCCUCAUUACAUGUCUUUUUCUGUUAUCACCAUUGUCAUUCUAUCAACUUGUUUUUCCAAUAAGUGUCUACCUCGUGAAAUGACUCCCAUGUAAAUUCCAGUGUUUGAUACCAGCUCCAUACCCACUACAGUGGCCAUUCCCAACCAUGUAAAUAAUUCAACAGUGUUACUUCUUACUUGGAACUUGCCAGGCACCAGUCACUGCCACUCCUGCAUGGCUGAUCACUCUCAGCCAAUGCCAUGCACUACCGGGCUUAGUUUAAACAGAGAGCUCAAUGUUUAGGUGAUGGACCCCAACACCUAUAACUCCAAGUGCGAGUGCAGCUCUUAAAAUAAAUAGAGACCCCUCAAAUAUAUUGGGAGUUGAUGUACAACAUAUUAGGGAAAAACAGCUUAUUUAUACAGUCAGGUGUAUGCUCACCUUGUGUAGAUCCCUAUUUAAGUAACCUGCUCUAAGUUUUUAGGUGCUGUGUCAGAUUUAGGUGUGACACUCCCCACUGGUACCAGGAACAAAUGUAUUUAAAAAUCUAAAUAUGCAAAAUUUACUCCCUCAGCUCCUUGCCAAAACGUGUUUUGCUUCGUGUCUUUCUCAAUAGGCAUGUUUAAAAGGCUCUAGAGAAUGUGAGUUCUUAUACUAUACACACAAAUGGUGUAAAUGUUAAAAACAAUAUCAUACUAUUGUAUUUUCUUUCUCUUUUUUUUAAAUAUGAUGUACAUGAGGGCUCAACAAAUCCCAGGCGCCAUGUCACCAUGGCGACUAGAAAUUUUGCCCUGGCGCCUGGAAUUUGACGCUCUUUAGCUAAAGCAGCUGGAUGGGGGAACAAUGGAGCCGGCCUGUUGCCCUGGGUAACGUGGAGGCAGCAGGCUGGGGCAGCGUGCGAAGGAAGCAGUAAUCUUCCUGCAGCUCCUCUCUGCUCCCUCGCGCUGUAUAGUGAGGCUGGGAGCUGGAAUAUGUCAUUCAAGCCCCGGCAUCAGUACAGGGAGCAGAGAGGAGAUGCAGAUUACUGCUCCCUGGCACACAGGAAGAGAGAGCAGCCCCACUGGACCCCAUGGAAAUAUCCACUCAACUCUCCCAAAGGCAGCACUGACACAGGUCUCUUUAGUGACUGUCUCCUUUACAUUGAAAAGGCUACAGGGACAGGCUGUAGGCACCAGAACAACUACAUUAAGCUGUACUGGUUCUGCUAACUAUAGUGUCCCUUUAAGAAUUGUAUAUUUCUUGUAAAUUAAACUUCGCAAGUUUUACAAAAAACUGGCUCCCAACAUUUUUAGCUUUCUCCUAGAUUCCAAACAAAAUUGUCAAGCCCUGUUGUACACCAACCCCGCUGCACUUGCACUUGGAGUUAUAAGUGUUGUGGUCCAUCACCUCACCAUUAAGUUGAUUUUUUAUUUUGGGGGGUAUCCACAGAGUGUUAUUCAGCUGCUAUUCACCAAAUGUAUUCACAAAGCGUCUAUUGCACACAAUUCUUUAUUUUAUUUGAGUUCAGAGAGCUUUCUGCUCUCCUAAAGGCAGUGACCUACUCCUUGCAGAUCUCAGGAAGUCAAAUCCAUAGCAAACAGUUUGACUUACUUACAUUGCUGUGCCAGGUCACUGCAUGAUUAUCACCCUCAACUAUUAUGUUUCUUGAUAGACAAUGAAGACAUAAUUUGUCAUUGUAUGAGCUACAAGUCUAAACAUACAUAUCUGUACUUUGUAACCUGUUGGAUAGGUUAAUAAAAACAUUUUAUUAUUUGUAAUAUCCUUUGCAUACAUUGUCUAGCUGUAUGUUUUUGGCACUACGUAGAUUAAUAUCAAUCGCAUUUUAUUAACCUUUUUUUAAGGGUUUCACAAACAAAUUUAUUGUCUUUUUUCCAGGGCUGAGGGUGAUUAGGAGUGUAUCUGAAAGAGCUGCCCUUUUGCCACCAGCACCCAUAUCUGAAGGACAAUUUUAUUCGCCACCUGAAUCUCCAGAAGGUAGAGCUGAUUAUUUUGAUUUGAUUUUGUUUGUUUUUUCCUGUUACUUUUUAAAAUAACAUUUAACUUUUUGAAAAAAAUAUAUAUUUGGUGUAGAUAUCAGUUUGCAUCACUUUUGCACAAACAAAAUUUUUUAUUUUUUUGCUGCAAUUAACUUUUACAUAAAAUUGAUAUAAAAAGGUAUUUCUGUCACACAUAAAGAUAAAAUCUUUAUUAACACCUUAGUGACCAGACCGUUCUUCAAUUUUCUAACAGUUAAAGAAUAGGGCUGUUUUCUACGGUGUUUGCGUUUAGCUGUAAUUUUCCUCUUACUCAUUUAAUAUAGCCUCACCUAUUAUAUACCGUUUUUCUCGCCAUUAAAUGGUCUUUCUAAAGAUACCAUUAUUUUCAUCAUAUCAUAUAAUUUACUGUAAUUUAUUUUAUAAAAUAUGAUGAAAAAUGUAAAAAAAAAAACCCUUUUCUAAAUUUGACCCCCAAAAUCUUACACAUCUACAACCGCCAAAAAACACCCAUUCUAAAUUGUUUCUAAAAUUUGUCCUGAGUUUAUAAAUACCCAAAAUACCCAAUGUUAACAUGUUCUUAGCUUUUUUUUGGAAAGAUAUAGGGCUAGAAGUACAAGUAGGGCAUUGCUGUUUCAAAAUAUAUAUUUUUACAAUGUAUCAAUAGUGACACUGUAACAUCUGUCAUAAAUCUGAAUCACACCUCACAUACUUUUUUUUUUUUUUUUUUAAGUAGACAACCCAGGGUAUUCAAUAUAGGGUAUGUCCAGUCUUUUUUAGUAGCCACUUAGUCACAAACACUGGCCAAAGAUAGCAUUUAUAUUUGUUUGUGUGUUAAAAAAACAGUAUUCGCAAAAAACGAUUAUGAAUGCUAACUUUGACCAGUGUUUGUGACCAAGUGGCUACUAAAAAAGACUAAACAUAACCCAUUUGCAAUACCUUUGGCUGUCUUCUUUUGCAAAUGGUAUGCCAUCAUUGGGGCAAUUCUCAUUCCUGUGCUACCAUAUGCUCUCAAAGGCAACAUAGCCAAUCUGGCAAAUUUCAAUGUAAAACUGAAAAUCAGGCCUUUUAUUUGGCUCUGUAUCUUUCAAAAACACUAUAACACCUGUACAUGGGGGUUGCUGCUAUACUCAGGAGACUUUACUGAACACAAAUAUUAGUGUUUCAAAACAGUAAAACGUAUCAGAACAAUGAUGUCAUCCGUGAAAGUGCUGUGUGUGAAAAAUGCAAAAAAAUUCACUUUCACUGACAGUAUCAUUACUCUGAUAUGUUUUACUGUUUUGAAACACUAUUGUGUUCAGCAAAGUUUCCUGAGUAAAACAGUACCACCCAUGUACAGGUUUUAAGGUGCUAGCAAAUCAAAUUCUCUGGACUUUCGGCCUGGGUUGUCAGGCAGGUUCCCCAAAUUGCAAUCAAUAAAAUUACUUAAUUAUGUCAAAAUAUUAUAUAAAUAUGCACGUGGAAUUUAAAUAUAUAUAAAUAUUUAUAUAUUUGAAGUUUACGUGUAUAUUUAUGAAAUUAUUUAUGUAAUUAUGUAUAUGGACAUAUAUUUCGUAUUUUUUAAAAAUUUUAUAUAUAUAUAUAUAUAUAUAUAUAUAUAUAUAUAUAUAGUUUCAUUCUAAGUGUAUUUUGAUAUAAAUAUAUUAAUAUCAAAAUACAGUUAGAAUAAAAUUACAUAUAUAAUUUUAUUAUUUUACUUUUUUUUAAUAUAUAUAUGUGUGUGUGUGUGUGUGUGUGUGUGUAUGUAUAUAUAUAUAAUAUAUAAUACGUGUGUAAUUUUACUCUAAAUAUAUUUUUAUAUUAAUAUAUAUCUUAGAAAGCAUGAUAAUUGCAUAGGUGUGCCUUAGGCUGGCCACAAUAAAUUUAUUAUUUUCUCAUUUUUCAAAUAUUGAUGCACUUAUACAUUGCUUAUUCUCAAAUGUUAAUUCAUAAAAAAAUGUACAAAGUAUUUUUUAUUCCCUCUUCACAAAAACAACUGCUAUUGUAAUAAACUGAGUAAAUAGAUAAAACAUUCCACAAGAAAUUCACAAUAAUCUCAAAAAAUGCAAUUAAAGGAACACUACAGUCACCAGAACAGCUACAGCUCAUUGUAGUUGUUCUGGUGUCUAUAGCCUGUCCCUGCAUGCUUCUUGCUGUAUAUACUGUCUUUUCAGAGAAAAGGCAGUGUUUACAUUACUGCCUAAGAACACCUCUAGUGGCCACUCUUCAGACAGUCACAUUGAUUCAAUGCAUCUCUGAGGAGCUGCUAAUUGGCCAGGGCGCCAAUUGGAAAGCAUUGUGAUUUGCUGAGUUCAUCAAUUCUGAAGAUGUUGGCAAAGGAGGCGGAUUGGGGGCAGGUACACUGCCAGAGCCGGCAGACCUGCACGGCGCUGGAAUAAAGCUGAGCAAAAUCAAUUUUAAGGGGAAUAAAGGUGGUGCAGCCACUUAAAUAGUUAGUUUAACAUUAUAGAGUGAGGAAUACACAUUUGUGUUGCUGACCUUAUAGUGUUUCUUUAAGUAAAAAGGACAUGUGGCAACCCAAGGACAAUCAAGUGUUGCUAUUGGGUAUCUACGGCGUAAUUGUGCAAAUAUAUAUAUAUUGUGCAACAUCACAAAAAAUAUAUACAAUGAGGCAAAUGUGUUUGGUGAAGAAGUGGCUGAUACAAAUCAGUUCACAAAAAUGGAACUCUAUGCAUAAGCUCAUCUAUGAACAAAGUCAAUAGCAGAAUGUACAAACGCAUUUAUCAGUCUGUGGGUGAUUUACAACAUCUGUGAGCAUUACAUGAAUACAUCAUUUAAUAAUGACAUAGCUUUAUCAGCUGAAUUAUAUUUUAUUUAUAUAUAUAUAUAUAUAUAUAUAUAUAUAUAUAUAAUAUGAUUAAUUUUAAUAGAUUUACUCUUUUUGGUGUAUGUAUAUCAGCAAGUUUGUUACUUACAGUAGUGCACUUUAUUGUUGUUUUUUGUGAGAGGGUGCCACCUUGUGGAUCUUGUAUUACAUGUAAGAAAAAUCAUACAUAAUUUUAGUAUGCCGCAGACAAUCCCAAUAGCAUGUUUCAAAGAGGAUAUAUAAUUGUUACUGUGCAGUUUCCCAAGGCCAUAUAAAUUCUACAUGUUCAUAACAGACCUCAUUAUGACUUUUCCGUCCGACCAGCUUCUUUCUUCAGUCCAUCGUCGCAGAUAGCGUCCAGUGACUCACAAAAUCGUAAGUCGACCUACCCGUUACGCCAGGCAUCAGUCACACGGCAUCAUUGUCGGGUCAGGUCCUCACUUUACGGUUGUGUUCGUCUACUUUUCAUUCUUACUGUGGCAUGCUUCGUGCACGUCUAUUCGGUUAAAUCACAUUGUCUAAGCAUUACUUUCUCCGUUCAGGCAUUGGCAAACUCCCGAACGGGAAACUGUUUUGUGUCAUUGCCUAUCAUAGUUUCACUUUUCCUGUCAUACCAAGCUCACAUUUUCUUUUCGUACAAUUAUCUCCUGAACGGGAACCCAAGUUGUCAUACCCUGUGCAUUAUAACUGCUUAAGUUCGUGCGGUCAAAUCCCCCGACUGGGAUCACUGUUUUGUUCCAUUGCCUGUUAUACCAAGCUAGUAAUUUUCAUAUAUACAUGUAAGCUCACAAACGGGCACUGCGUUCGGUUUUCUGUCACUACACAAACUAUUAGCAUAGCUCACGAACGGCAUUUCAUCAUGCCUACACUGACCCCUUUCCGGUCACUCCGGAUAUCGCAGGUUAAACUUACAUCAUGAGUUAAGGGAUUUUACCAACACUUAAGCUUACUGACCCCUACCGGUCCAUGGCUAUAACAGCGGUUUCACAUAGCAAAUAAUAAUUUUCCUACCAAUAAAAUUACACAUAAUGUUUUAACAAUAGCCAGUCACUUUUCAUUUUUACAUGUAACCCGUACUUAUUUUCAUGAUCACAUAUACAGAGAACACUGCUCACAACACUAUUCUCCCUAGAAGGAGGACAUACGGCAUACAAUUGUCAGAACACUUUUUCUUCUACAAACAUGUUCAUGCUGCACAUAUAAGUGUUAAGAAUGGUACAUAUUCAUUUAUCCAUUAUCACAUACGGUGGUUAAAGCAGUUUAUAGGUUAUGGUCCCUUGCUUUUAUUUUUACAUACUUCACAUAUUUGGAUAAACUUGGUAUUUUCCAUAUCCAUUAUGUCAUAUGUUGUUUUAUCCAUUUAGGUUACAGGUACUACUAAACCUAUACGGAUUUUAGUUUCAAUACCAUACUACCAGCUACGUACACCUGCUCACGUAGUAUUCCCUAAAAUAGUUAGAUAACAAACUGGCAAUUAGGGAUUUUAGGAUCCAAUAGGUAUUGUCCUUUCUCUGCAUUACUCUGUUCGGUUAGUGGUCCCGCGAGGCCAACACCUCGCCUCACACUCGGAGGCAUACACCCAUUGGGCUACUCAUGAGUUAGCCGUCUCGCAUUGUAUUAUAGAGAGGGCCUCACCUGUCACUCCCUUUCCUAUUUUUCUGGUUACAGUCACCGAGAGGCCAACAUCCUGCCACUACGUUUGGUGGCCACAAAAAUCCCCUCGCACCAACGCACAGAGCCUCUCAAGCCACUUGGCAACUAGCAGGGCCUCACCAGUCACCAAAACCAAGCUUUAAUUGUUUCGCAUCACAGGUUAGUCAGCAAGCCAGUACAAGUACACAUAAUAAUUGCUAUCUUCAUUGUUAUUUAAGUAUGUCUCAAGAAGGUGGCGAAGAAUUAUCUCUUCCUAGCACCCCGGCUAGAUUUGACACACCUUCACAUAGAGGAGAUGUUGCUAGUCCAGCAUCAAUCAGAUCCUGGACAAUCCCAUACAUUACCACCGAGCUAAGGAAGCGACAAAUCCCCUACCCGGCCACAGCAUGGAAAGCGGAACUAUUCAAACUUCUCCACACAUCAACAGAUAACAUGGAGGCAGGGGAAGGGCCUAGCAACACCAACUCAGGUGACAUCCAGGCUAUGCUAGCCUCAUCCAUGAACUCCAUGAGUAAAGUAAACGACAUACUGGCAAACCUCGGUCACCACAGCCCUCACAAAGGCUGGGCCUACCGCUAGUGUAGAACUCACACCAACUGAACCUCGGGUAGCUGGGUCAAUCAACUCUUCCGGCACUCAGGACGUUAACCCUGCACAUAUGAUUCCAGCGCACAUUAAAAAAGAUAUCCUGCACAAUAGAAACCCUCCUGCUCAAGCUACUGCCUUAGGGCAUCCCUAAAGGAACCACCAAACUGAUUUUCUUCAUAUAACACACAGAAAAUAGGUGGAGCAAGUGGUGAUAGUUAAAUAAGAAAUUUUCUUCAUACUCACCUCAGCCUCAUUACUAAUAGCCAGAAAAUGGAAAACACAGCUGACUCCCUCAAUUGCCGAGACAGCCACUUUGCUCACCACAACCCUCGACUACGAGGCGAUAAUAUGGAACCAAAAUAGAAUAGGGUCAGACAACGCCACAGCGAAAGAGAUGUGGACAACAUACUUGCAAACUCAUAAGACCACAUAAGUCACCCUCAGCCCCAUAACUAAGAUGUACGCCUACAUAAGGGACACCGAUGCAUGCGGACUACGAACCGCCAUGGGCACAGUAAUUUGAGGACAGCAACAGCAAAACAAGUACCAAGUUAACCCCGGUUAUACCCCACUUCAUCCCCUCCCCCGCUGGCUAUCUCCACAGGCACUCAUAGCAAGCACCCCAUUGACAGCAGGUCAUACAAGCAGCAGCAGUCACCAAAGGCCAAAUCAGAUAUACAAACGAGGCCAGCUGCCAGGGUACAUAGUUAAAUACACCUGAGGUUAACAAUGCAUUAAUACAAAGGACGUAUAUAGAUAUCCCUGUUCACAUGUCACAUAUGUCACAAAGGCAAUGCCAUAUAGACGAGCGCACACGCAGAGCGGAGAUAGCAAUUGUACCGCAUGUAACAUGUAUGCUAUGGUUCCAACGUGUAAAAGGCAACAACACUGCAAUACUCCUCCCCUGUUUUCCUUUCUGUACCACCCAGUUAUGAAAUAUGACAAAAUAAAAAUUAUCAAAUUGAAAAAAAAAAAGAUCCUGGAAGGUAAAAAUGUCAACUUAGCAUCUCUGCUAAUUGCCUCCCAGGAUAUUGUGGAAAACAAAACAUAUAUGUAUGAUGAUGUAUCUGUGGUGGUCAGAUCCAGGGAUUCCAGGUUAAACCGGAAACUGAUCAUCCCUGAGUUUGUUUUGGCAUUUGGGAUAUAUAGAGAUGUGAUUUGUGCAGUGUACCCUAACAGAAGGGAAUAAUUUGAUUUGUUUAUGCAGAAGCUGGUAGACCUAGGCAACAAGUAUGGUGGUUCAGCUUUUUAUGACUAUCAUUAUCAUAGGUCAUUUUCAAUCAAAGUGUCUGGCGCUCUCUCCCAAUUCGGCAACAGAAUCAACUGGAGCAGGCUGGAUACAGAGAUUUUUUGCAGACACUUUGCAGGUCUUAAAACACCAGCUUGUGCAUCCUGCUCUUCCACUACCCACACGACAAAUUUUUGUCCAAGCACAGCGGACGAUCACUCUCAGGCUCCAAGCACUAGCACCUCUGGUAAAACGGAGAGAACUAACAGCGACAAACUAGGUCGUCCCAUCAUUUUCUUUGGCAAAUCCCAGAUUUGCAAUAAUUUUAACGUGGGUACGUGUAGCUUCAGUGCAUGCAGACUAUUGCAUAUAUGAUCUAAAUGUUUCAGAACACAUGCAAAAACCAUGUGCCCCAAUAAAAUGUACCAAAAACCGUACUUAACGUGUGUCAACAUUCAUGCUUUGUCAGCACUACUGACACAUCACCCUUCCAGACAUUUAGUAGAUUUUCUUAUAUCUGGAUUUUCAGAGGGGUUCCAUACAGGCAUCAUAGAUAUGCCCUCAGGGUAUCUAGAAUGCCCUAACUUACAGUCAGCACAACAGAACCCAACGGCUGUAGACUCACUCAUAGCCCAAGAACUGGCAGAGGGGUUUCUAUUUGGGCCUUCCAUUUACUGCAUGGCACACAAACCCCAUUGGGAUUGUCACAUGGAAAUCUUCCCUCAAACAAAGACUUUUCAUAGAUUUAUUGGCACCUCACACCUCUGCUACCCCAAGUCUCAACUCCCUCAUUUCCUCCGAGGGUUUUUCCCUACAAUAUGCCACCAUAGAUCAUGCCAUUACAGUUAUCACCCAAACAGGGGUCGGAGCCUGGUUGAGCAAGACAGACAUCACCAAUGCUUAAAAACUUCUACCAAUCCACCCUACACUCUGGCAUUUACAUGGCAUCAAAUGGGCAGACAAUUACUAUUUCUUCUCCCACUUAACCUUUGGGUCAAAGAGUAGCCCCAAAAUUUUUGACACAUUUUCCCAAAACACCAGAUGCCCCACAGUCAUACAUUAUCUAGAUGACUUUUUGUUGGUCAAAGAAAACACCUUUCCCCCCCAGAAGCCUAAAGGAAGCGAUUAGUCUGUUCAACCACUUGGGCGUCCCAGUAUCCCCCAAGAAAACUGAAGGCCCAGACACUAUCAUUACAUUCCUGGGCAUACAACUUGACUCCGCAUUGAUGCAAGCAAGCCUACCACAAGAGAAAAUAGCAAACAUUCUCAACAGCAUCAAUCACUACAUCAUGCUGGGUACUUGCAACCGCAAGGAACUACAAUCUCUUCUAGGUUCCUUAAACAUUGCCAUGCGCAUCAUACCACAAGGUCAGGCUUUCAUAUCCAGACUUCAUUGUCUUUUUCCACACUUCCGAUAUGACGACCAUAGACUGUCCCUAGAUAUUCAAGGCACAGCAGACCUGCACAUGUGGAAGAAAUUCUUAACUGCGUGGAAUGGUAACAGCUUGUUCCUCCCAGGAUUGUCUGACAUGUCACCAACCAUAUGGUCAGACGCGGCAUCUACCACAGGUUUCACAGCAAUCUUUGGGGACGAAUGGUUUUGGGGUAGUUGACCUAAAGAAGUCCAGGAUUUUCUCUACCUCAGUUUUUUUUUAGAUCUACCCUAUUGUAGCAGCUGCUGUGACAUGGGUUCAUUCAUGGUCAGGGUCAUCAGUCCGUUGCUACUCCGACAACCAGGCCACAUGUCAUAUCAUCAACAAGGGCCGCUCAUCAGAUUUCUCAGAAUUCACUUGGUUGGCCGCAUGUCACAAUUUCUUCUUGGUUUGCUUUCAUGUGCCAGGCAUUUGUAACACAGCCGCUGACAGUUUCUCGAUUCAAUUUUCAGGCAUUUCAUCAAGCACUUCCUUCAACUGCUCAAGCAGCCACAGCCACUCCUUCAUUCCAGCAACUAAUCAUGGAUUAGACUUAAUUGUGCAACACAGCAGGGAUCUGUCCAAAUUAGCACUGUCAUCCAAUACUCGCAGGACAUACAACAGAACCUUCACAUUAUUUAAAAGAUUUCUAUUAGAACACGACAUAUCCCAACCUUUUGUCAUGACAUCUAUCCUGGGUUUCACUUCUUUUUGCCAUCUUAAACUAUAACUAUCUUACAACACCAUUAAAUUAUAUUUGACAGACAUUCAACACCACAUGCUAUCCCUAUGGCCUAAUAACCAAAGCUUUAUGUCAUCAUAUCAGAUAAAGAACAUACUCAGAGGCAUUCAGAAAUCGGUUCCCCCACGUACCUCUCAUUACCUAUAGAUAACAAACUUUUCCAAUCCCUAUCUGACCUAUUAGAUUUAAAACCAUUUAAUUCUACCACCAAUUCGGUCAUUAAAGCAGCUAUGUACAUAGCCUUCUACGGUUUCCUCAGGCCAAGAGAGUUCACUACCAUCACCACCACUCAGACAGAUUUCUACAACGAUCCCACCUACGCAAACACAUGGACCAUUAUAUACUGGCUCUACCACAGUCCAAAACAAGUCAACACGCACCACCAGUAGAAAUCACUUAUUAUCCUACCCACAAUAAAUGGUGUCCAGUUGUGGUCCUAGAUUCCUACCAUCAAAAUCCUACCUCACUAUCAUCACAAAAUGUAUUUGCACUACAAGGCUCUGUACUUACUACCGCUACUUUCAUGAGAUAUAUCAGAUUCCUGUUAAUCAUGCUAGGUCUCAACCCUUCUACCUACUCGGGUCACUCCUUCAGUAUAGGGGCUGCCUCCACAGCCUCCAGCGCCAACAUACCAGUACAUAUUAUCAAAUCACUGGGGCGAUGGAAUUCUUCCGCUUACACAAGUUACAUACCCAAACCAGUACAGGAAAUUAGAAAUGCAUUUAAGGAAAUGUCUGGUUAAUUUGUAUGUAUUGUUGACUGAAUUAAAUCUUUGAUUAUUCACUUUUGCCCUCUUUAUUUACAGGCCUACCGUAUCGUUGUUCUCGGAACACCACAACUGACUUGCUCUUUUAUACUAUCCUAUGCUUAUACUGAAACCUUACUCCAUAUACGGCUAUUUGCCCCUAACACAAGUAUUAAGGCUGUAUGGCCCGUAAUUGUGGAAGGCGCUUAAGAUUAUACACUUACCUAUAUGAGGUACACCCCUUACCUGGCUCCAUACCGUUCGAGGUCAGCGUCUGAAUGACCCUCCCACCACUCCUAAUUCUCAACACUUUUUUCUUUCUUUCUAAUUAUUUACUUUUCUUUUCUUACUCCUUGGUGGGCCCUCUUUAUUUACAGGCCUACCGUAUCGUCGGUCCCGGCACACCACAACCGACUUGCUCUUUUAUACUAUCCUACGUUUAUACUGGAACCUUACUCCAUAUACUGCUAUUUGCCCCUAACACACAUAUAUAUAUAUAUAUCUAAAAAAGAAAAGUAAUUCCUGCACUCACGCUGAAUCUCCCUUUAUGACCGGGUGCCAACCAUAUACAGCCAAAGUAUACAAAAAAAUAUAGAUGGAUGGUUGCACUCACGGUUUUUCAAGUAAAAGUCCAAAGUUUAUUGUUAAUUCAUAAAAACUGCGAUCGCAGUUUUUAUGAAUUAACAAUAAACUUUGGACUUUUACUUGAAAAACCGUGAGUGCAACCAUCCAUCUAUAUUUUUUAUAUAUAUAUCUAUAUAUAUCCUUUCAUUCUAAGUGUAUUUUGAUAUUUAUAUAUAAUUUAGUAAUACUAAUUAUAGUAAACAUUUUCAAUUAAUUCAGUGUUGGGAGAUCUGCCUGAUAACCCAGGCAGUCCCCUUGCAGGUACCAGUCAUGUGAUGAUGAUGACAUCGUGAUCACAUGGCGUGGAAGGCCUACUUGUCAGCCAGUUCACUCGAUCGGGAACGCUUUGGAAGGUAAUUACCGCGACUCCCUACAGGGCUGCAACACAAUCCUUAGGGCAUACUAUGCGGCCCUAACAGCGGUAAGGCAUAAUACACCCAAACACUAUUGGAUUAAUAUACUUUUUUGAUUGUUUUAUAUAUUGUUUUUAACCAUUACAUGGAAAAUUAAGGCACAUCAAUUUUUAUCAUUGCAGUCCUGAUAUCUGAGCUGUCAAGUAUAAUUUAAUAUUUUAAUAUACUCUUUAAACAAAUGGAUUAUAAUGUUAUUUGUAUUGUAGGCUGCUAAUUUGGUGACCUAUAUGGUCAUCUAUUUGCAUGCAUCUAAAAUCUUAAGACCAGUUAGUAGUCUAAAUUGUAAGAUAAUUUAAAAUCGAACAAAAUAGCAGUUGCUCUUAGCUGAUAACAAUAGUUAUGUUGUGUUUUCUUCUGCAUACUUAUGGUUUUGUACAUAAAUAUAGGCAGCUGUAGGCAUCAGUUGAUUCUAAGAAUCAUUUUGUGGAAACUGUUGUGGUGGCAACAGAUGUUAACUACAUUCGAUCUUGCCUUUAGCUUUCCCAGCAAAAGCAAACUGCCAAGCCACUGUACAUCCCCUAAUAAACUAAGGUUUGAAUUAAUGAUUCUAUGAAGGAAGUAAUGAAAUUUGUGUUAUGUUUUGUUUUUUCACUUCAAACAAUGUGUUUCUAAUCAAGCUUUGCAUAUGCUUCUUAAUAACAAGAUAUACCAGAAACUUCACUAUCUAUAUUUAAUACAUAAUUUUUUGAUGUUGGAUAUUUUAAUUUAUUUUAAUUUUUUUUUUUGCUACAACACAAACUAUUAAGGCCAUAAUUACUUAGUAAAAUAUUAUAACCAGCACCUGCUUGGCCUUUAGGGAAAAAUACUUAUCUCUACAGAUAAUUACAUGAUUUUGCUAUUUCAUGACAAAAAGUCAUGCUUUUAUGAAAGACACGGAGGCGAGUAUUGCUUAACCCUUUCUUUACUGUCCACCAAUAGCAGCAAAGAAUACAAACAGUAAGAAAAAACAGUAGCCAUAGUGAUAGACCACUCCCAUUCCCAAAUAAUUCCUUUUUCUUUUGAGAUGCGACACCAAACCAGCAAACAGGAACCAAUGAACAGUCCAGAACACAGCAGAACAAACCAUCCUGAAAUCCAGCCGGAUACCAAUCAGGCACCAUCUGGAAUGAAGAACCGUCAACGAUGAGGAGCCCAUCACAACACCAUCCAUAGAUCUCCAGCCAACGUGGUGAAGCCUUGGGAAGAAGUGAGGACCUCUUAACAGCACCAACAGCCCAGAAUCAACCUGUGAAAACAUAAAAAACAGGAGCCCAACCGUUAAAUCGGUACUUAAACCAAUUGCGCAUGCCAAUACAUAAAGUAUAGAUAUACUGAAACAACACAGUGUCCAUAGUGUCAGACAAGAAAAAACAACCACCAGGCAAACAUAACAUUAACAGUUAAGUUGCACAUAAUAGGCAAUACAAUACUGAGCUUAGUGCAACACCUAUCAUCCCCUGGAAACCAACCUGAGAGAUAAACAACUGGGGGGGGAGGGGGGAUAAAGUGAUAGAGAAGUAACAGGGUGGGACAAUACUCUCCUCCGCGUCUUUCAUAAAAUCAUGACUUUUCGUCAUGAAAUAGCAAAAUCAUGUAAUUUUAUGUCAAGACACGGAGGCUCAUAUUGCAAGUUUAAAGCUGAUCAAUAACAGAAGAGAAAACAUGUGGCGGAGGUCGAAAGUAAAAUUCUCUAAAAUUGGAUUUGCGGGACCAGUCCGCAAUCCUCAUCAGGUCUUCCAGUUGUGCUCCCAAAGUCACUAUAGACGUGGCUGAUGCCCCCCCCGCAAGGAGUGGGCACUAAAGAUGGAUGUAUCCACGCCGGCCAGUGACAUCACCCAUUUAACCCAACGAGCCAAGGUAGUGCUGGACACCGGGGCAAAGGGUUGAUGAAUCGAGAGAAAGAGCUGAGAGGAUGAGACCGAAUGAUGAGCAUUCGUUCGAAGAGUGUUGAGGGCCCGGAGGUUAACUGGGCGGAUCUGCCCGCCCUUCUUUUCUACUAGGAAGAUGUUGCUGAGGACCUCUGUAGGGGACACGGGGCCCGUUCUAUCGCCGCAUUUCGCCUGGAGGCCCGACAGCUCCUCGUCUCUUAAGGAGCGGUCAGUCCCAGAAAGUACAAUAGGUCGAGGGGGAGGAAUGUGACACGGGUUGUCGACCAACUCUAUGUGAAACCCCCGCACUGUGGUCAGGACCCAGACAUCUGAGAUGAUGUUUGACCAGGCUUGGAAAAAAUGACGGAGUCUGCCCCCUACACAGAUAUUGGAAAAAACAUGAGGUAGAUACAAGUUUACCGUAAGGGCGUCUGGAACCGGAGUUCCCUCUGAAGCCUCGGGAGCGCCAUGGUCUUCCACGAGAGGGGAAGAAAGGGGACUGGUGUCUCGUCUCCUGGAAGGAUGGUCUCUGAUUGUAGGAGCCUUGUCCCGAUCAAAGGGCGUGGUAAUUAGACCAACUGGACAGACAGCCCUUGAAUCUGCCGGCCCUGGUAGAGACCCGUCCCUGAAAUACCCUCUUCAUAGAGGAUUGAGCUUUGUCCAGGGCUGUAAAAGCACCCACAAAGCGCCCCAUGUCCUUUAUAAAGGAUUCUCCAAAUAACAGGCCCUGGGCGUCUUUCCCCACCUCAGUGAGAUCGAGGUUAGCGAGUUUGGGCCCAAUUUUAAAGAGAUUGGCUUUACGCCGCUCUAUAGACAGGGAGGUGUUCACGAACUGCAAGGAUUUGUGAAGAAUAUAGCCGAACGGCAUGAUACAUUCAUGAAAAAAACAGCCGAACAGAAUGGAGAAAACAGGCGCAAAGGGCGCCAAAAUACAGGAGAGGGAGCAAUGGAGUCACAGACAGCCAGAAAGAGAUAAGACAAACGGAGAGAUAAGAGCAACAGUGGAAGCUCAAGUGAUAGGGGUACAAAUAAUAACAGCCUAAAGAAGGUCUUGAACCCUGGGCUCAAAGGAUAACACACAAAUGUAUAAUCCACAAUAGUAAAAAAAGAAUAUAAGCGUACAAUAUAUGGAAAAUAAAGAGACUACAAUCAAUAAUGCAAAUAAAAGCAUAAAUAACAAUAAAGCAAUAAUGAGAUUACCAUCAAUAAUGCAAAUAAAUAGCAUAAAUAACAAUAAAGCAAUGAUAAUAUGGAAGAAAUUAGUCAUGUAUUUAUCUUUGGUAGCAGCAAAGAAAGAGGAAUUAUGUGGGGAGGUGCUGGCUAUUAUACUGGAACUUGGUAUACGAGUGGUCUAUCACUAUGGUUACCGUUUUUUCUUACUGUUUGUAUUCUUUGCUGCUAUUGGUGGACAGUAAAGAAAUAUGAGCCUCCGUGUCUUGACAUAAAAUUAAAGUAUACUUUAGGCAUUUGCAACAUUGUAGCAUUUAGAAAGUGUCAAAAUGAUGAAUCUUCAGAUGAUGAAUCUACAGUGGUCUGCUUCUACAUGCAUCACGACUUUUAGCAGAAAUCCAAAUGUAGCUAGCAAAAAUUGUGACUUAUCGUUUUCCCAAGUUUUAUAAUUUUUGGUAUUCAUAUAAUAGCACCAUCUUUACAAUUUUAGAAAGGUAAUAAGCACCUGCUCAAAUGAGCUUACAGUGUAUGAGUAUAUGAGGUAGGUGGAUGUAUCUUGCUAGAUCUCAUGCCCAGGGCCACUUACUGGUAAUGUUAUCUGACCAGUAUUCCCAGUUCUAAGACAGUGAUGUUACCACCGCUGUAACCAGCUAAUAUACAAGUCGUUUUUUUCUGUAUCUAUGCGUUUUUUUACUUGAAACAUAGUAAAUAGCCUCCAGGUUGAUAUUGUGUUUUUUUUUUUUGUUUUUUUUUCAAGUCUUGAUUCAAAAUGUAAAAUGUCAAUAGCUAAGUGUAACCUAAAUAGUCAUGUUAUGUUGUCACAAUUGCAGAGGAAAAACAAAUUAAAAAGAAUCUUUAAUAGUAUUAUUAAACACAAUAUUCUAUGACUUAUAAUAGCCAUAAACUAGUGAAUGCACUUUUAUUUUUUUCUAUUUUUUAGAGUCCGAUGAAGAGGUGGAAGAAAAACAGGACAUAGAAAAGCCUUUAGUGUAACAAAAUGUGAUUCCAAAGGUAAGUAGGUGCAUGAUAUAGAAAGUAGCAUAUUAUGGGGACAAACCACAGAACCUUGACUGUUAAAUUCAUUUAUAGACCAGACAUUUAAUUCACUGUUUUCUAAUUAUAUCAGAGUUCACAAGUUGUUAUGAAUUGUGCAUCUAUUUGCAUCCCAGCCUCAGAUAAUCUGGAAAUGUUGCUGUGCAAACCCACAUAGUAUUGCUGAAAAUCUUUAAAGUGGUUUGGUCUUUACACAUUAUAUCUACCACACCCCCCUCCCUCCCCCCACAUUUAGUCUGUCUUCAUUUAAAAGUACAUAAAUAAAAGUAUGAAUGCAUUGCAUAUCACAUUGUUUCCUGUGUUCUUUAGCAUGUUAACCUGUGUAUGCACAAUGUAAUUGACCAGUGCAUGUGAGCGAGAAUAGCAUUGCAUAACAGGAAAUGGGUAAUCUACCAGCAUCCAUCAUGAUUGGCAAAUAAAACAGAAACUUGCUUUAGGUACUCCCAUUGUCAAAGAUCAUAUGGUACCCAAGAACUAGUAGGUUCUGUUUUAUCUUGUGUAUAUAUAAAAUGAAAUGAGGUAAAUUUAAAAACCAAAAACAAGGGACAAAAAAGGAUAAAAAAAAAUAAAAGUUAAAAUCCCGCUUUAUAGGCAAAAUCUCUAUUGAAUCAGAAGUGGUUCAUUUUUAUGAGCCCCUACAAAUUAAUCCUAAAUAGAAAUUAUAUGGGGUAGAAGGCAGCACUCUCCAUUCAUUUUAUGUUCCCUGUGCUUUAAUUAGAAUGUGAUUUUUGAAGUGGUAAUGUUUGCUUGCUUGCAGCCUUACUGAAGCAUCAUACUUGAGAUUACUGGAUUCUGUCUGGUGGACUACUGCAAACAGGAAGCAAAACAAAUUAAAGCCAUACUGAUGCACCACACAAAUUAUUCUGCCGUAGCUGUUGGAAUUGGAAGAGGACAGCCACUGAGUAGUCAGUAGUGACUAACUAUGUUUGUCUGCAUUGAAUCAUAAUUUAAUAUGUUCUAUGAGAUUGUUCUAUAAAUUCUAUAAAUUAGAGUGAAACUAUGUGAAAGAUACCUUAGCAGUCCAUGUAAUCUGUUUCUCUCCUGAGAGUCCAGUGCCUUCAUGUUUAUUGACUAUGAGAAGACUACUGACUUUGGUAUGGACAAGACUGACUACUAUGUCUUCUAAUAAAUAAUGUGAAGCUGUUGGAUUUUUAUUUUUAACUAAAAUUAAAAUGUUGCCAUCUGUGCAGUUUGCAUACCUGAAAUGAAUCUAUGUAUAAAGCAAACUGAGGUGAAGCUAUUUUUUUUUAAACUUGCUAUCAUCCCUGGAAUGUCUGGCGUUUGAUCUUGGAAUUCUUUAUUUAUUUAUAUCAGGAUGAGGCAAUCUAUAAAGGAAAUUAGUGAGAAGAAUGUGCAAGCUUUUUUUCUUGCAGACCUACGUGAAUGCUGGUUCCUACAUGACUGUUACUGCAGUUCUUCUAUACUUGGCAACCACAUGAAUUCAGAUCUUUGUCUCUAAGUAGCCAGUAUCAGUAGCUUUGAUGGGCUAUAAUAAAGUAACUCCUAGUUAUGUUUGGGUUUCUUUCCCACUAAAUAUGUGAGUGGAUCUUUCGAAUUACUCUCUCUCUAGCCCAUCUUUGCUGAUUUAGGAAUGCACUUUAAAUGUGGUGUGGCAGUGGACCAUGAGAACUGCAUUUUAGUAUUGAUUAGCAAAGUAUAGAUUAAAAUGAGAUGAAACUCUACUUGUUAGAUGCAUAGUCAAUCUUAAAAAAAUAGUUUAGUACAGUUUCCAUUUUCUUGGAAGGGGGUCUAUGAAAUAGAUACUUAAGACUAAAGGAUCACUAUGACAUUAAGAAUACAAAUAUCUAUUCCUAAUGCUACCAUGCCCUAAUCACCAUUUAGGUGACUGGGACAGCACUGCCAGGGUUAAAAAUGGUAAUUUGCUUAUCUUUUCUUCCUUGAAGUCUCCUUGAUGAACCCCGCAUAGGAAAGCAUUAGGAAGCUUGUGUGCAUGCGUGGCAAAAUGCUGCGGUACGCCUAUCAGAUGGUGGCCUCUCUGGGUUUUACUCUGCUAUUUCAUAGAAAAGCCUCUAGUGAUUGUCAGUAUGGCAGCCAUCAAAGGCUGGUUAACGUUGCCAUGAAAACAUUAGCAUUUCUGAACUCCUUUUAGAACACUGUAGUCAAUACAACCAAAAAUGUUGCAUUAAAAAUAGAUCAUUGCUUUUAAUAUACUUACUUCCCUGCAGGCCCCAUAAAUGUGUCAUUCGUUAUUUUCAUUCUUAUUUACAUAAAUUGUGAAAUAUCUUUUCUAAAGUGUGUGUCACUUUCCUGAAGAUUUGAAAGUAUGCAAAUUUUCAUACAGUCGGUUUACAUUGUAUGUGUAAAUUUGGUGGGCCAGAUGUCGUGCUUUGAGUGGUCCCACUUUGAUAUUCACAGCAAAGAAAAUUGUAAGUUUAAUAUGUUUUUGUAGGUUAUAUGCAGUUUUUCCAAAAAUGCUUACUUUGCACUCCUUAUAUAAAUAUAAGGCAAAAAAUCUGGUCAGGCAAGAAAAGCAUCUGGCUAUAUCAACAUUGAGAUCAAACAUAUUGCCCCAGUUAUGGCAGCUAUCUUCUGGACUAAACUUGUCAACACUCUAUAUUUUAAUUCAUUUUUUUGUUGAUUCAACACUGACUGUUCCAAAGAAAAAUACAUUGUUUCAUAUAUUCUAUACUGUUAGUCAAACAUUUGUAAUUUGUUUUGUUUGUGUAACUUGAAAAAAAGAUUGUUUUUGUUUUGUAACUGUUUGUCCUACAUUGUAUUGCCAUCUUUGUAAGAAGAGAGUUGGUUUUCAGAGAAUAGAUGAAACAGACACAAGAAAUUUGUGACAUGGGUCUUAGAAAUAUUUGAAUUGUUUUUAAUUGAGACUGAUUCUGUGUUUGAAUGUCCAUAUUUUAAGGAUGGCAUUUAAGAAAUCUAUUAAAGUCUGUGCUCUGUUAUUUUUGUAACGUACAUGAAUGACACAGGGCUUGAUGUUUAUUAAACUCUAAUUCACCCUGCUCAGUUUUGCUGUUGUACAACUUUUAUAUGAAGCAUACAAUUCCCUCAGCGUUCAGUAAAUUUUUAUAUACAGGGUAUUUGCAGAUAAUGUAUCAACCACUAAUUUUAAGAUCCCAUAUGGUACUAAUCUCUCUGUAUAAAAUGCAUAGUUUGUUUAAUACAUAGAUUCACACAUUGAUGGUGACUGUACAUCUUUUACACAAAGUUUCUAUCCUAUUUAUACCUCGACAAGCAUUUUAUAUAAUGCAAGGUAUAUAAUCAAAGAUAGUACAUUGCUGCUUACCGUUAACUCUAUGAUGUAUAUUAUAAUGUAUGCAGUAUUGCUAAUGAAAUUAACCUGCUAGCGGCAACAUAUAAUAACAGAGAUACUUUUUUUUUUUCCCAUUUGUUUUCUGGAAAGUUGAAUUUCUCGUGCAAAUUAUUGGUUCCAUAUAAUGGUUUAAAUGUAUAUUGUAUGUACAUAUCUAUAUGUAAGUUAUAC